AUGGUAAGUGAAAUUAAUAAGACCUUCUACACUACCUUCAUGCACUGUUUAGGAGGAAAAAAUAGGCGAAAUGUCAGCGUUGUCCUGUACAUAGAUAGGUUUUAUGCGGUUCAGCUAGGCAAUGCAUCGUUUUGGAGGGCAAACAUAUCUCUUUUACUGUGGCUAAUUGUCCUUGCUGUUACCGGCAAAGACUGAUUUGAAAACGCUGCAUAAACCGUAAAUCUUCAUGAUUUCAAACGCAAUGGUAUAAACUGGCGUUCUUCAGUUUAUAAUGUACUGAGAAAUAACCAACUUAUAUAACAAGUAAAGACCUCGAUUCAAUCUUCUAUCAAACUGGGUGAUUUUUGCUGGAAAUUUCCCCCUGAUAAUAUUACUUUUCAUAAGGUUCUUAAAAACACUUACGCUUAUUUUAAGAGAAGCCAAUAGUUUCAUCAAUGGCUUUUAUUGCUUUCAGACAUAUUUAUGCAACGGUUCCGGUUGAUAGUGGUCGUCUUAAAGCCUUUCACGUGGUCUAAGGGUCAUAGGAGGAUAUCCAGAGCAUUAACUGGACCUGUGAACGCAGUACGCAUCUAAAAUCGUUUCAGAGCAAUUUCGAAGUUGGAAUAAAUGCAGGCAAAGGGGGCGAACGGGCGAUCACCAGAACGGUAGGUGCACUAGCCUGAGUUUCCGGACCAGUACAAGAGCCCAGUGUGGGUGACUGUGGGGGUGCAACACUAAAGGAAACAAAGUUUGUGGCCAAACGGUGAGGGCGAGGUAGGGGGUGGGUAAGGCGUGGUGUCCGCAACUGGGCAGGGUCCACGCCGUCGAACUCACGGUAGUCUGGGUGUGGUGGCGGCACGUGCCCUUGGCUAGAAACUGGACAGUGGCACUUGGCUCCCUGGGUGCAGCGCGAGAUAAUGGGGGGAGGGGGGGAUAAAUCAACGUGUUUGCUUAUGGAUUCGGUGUCAGACACCCAGGGCUCCAGCCGUUCUCGCUUAGUCUUGUUGCUGGCUCGCACCAUCACCCGUGUGCUCGCGAAGUUGAAUUCGUGAUCCUCCUGUAGGGUGUGGGUAGCGACUUGAGACAAUGGGUCACCCCUUCAAACGGUCUGUUUGUGCUUGAGUAGUCUGGUAUGACCUGCAUAUUGACAGUGACAGUAGUAACAUGAGAUUUAAUCAACUACAUUCGGCCGCUUACUUGCGUCCAGACCACCAUUCAUGUGCAUGAUUCUGGUACGCAUGGUAGUGAUCGGACGAUGGGCGAUGCUUAAGCUAAACUCAGCGGCAAUGUGUUUCGUUUUCUUCUGGCUCAUUUUUUACAUACUGCAGAAGGUGCCAGAAUGCUGGGGGGCUCUCUUGCGCUUGCCCUUCAUGUACGAACAUGGAGCCAACGAACGCCAAAGGUGCUUGGGCAGCGCUCCCAACUUAUUGGUCUCGAAGUUGUCGUAGUCCCUGUACUCAACCUCCCUCCCCCUAUUGUUUACUGCAGCGUUGUAUUCUUUUGAAGAGCGCCCUAACACGGCCGCAUUUGUUCAUCACCCGGUGGUUCUGUGGAUGGCAAGAAUAUCCAGGAAGGGCAACUGUUCGGUAUUGUCUUUUGUCUUCAUGAGACCAACUCAGUUAAGAUACCGUUAGGCAGGUCCUGGAAGCCUAAUAGCCUGCCCUUCCCAGUUUUAUGCAACGCGCCGUGCAUGGUGACUAAAAAUGACCUUUUCCAGACCAUGAAGGACCGAUUUUGCGAUUAGGCUAGAUGUUGAUGAACCCGUCGGUGUUCCUCUGAUUAACUCGUGCGUUUUGUCAUUGAGAAUGGGAAGACGGUUGUUGGCGGAGUGCAAAUUGUUGCGUUAAAUGCUCAGUUUUAAGAGGCCUUCUUGUUUGGGGACGCUCGCAGAUCGCGAUACGGAACUCAUUCGUCCAUUUGUACUUUGGGGAUUUCUUCCGAGCCCUGACAGCAACCACACACAGGGACGCGUAAAAUAAGCAGAAGGACGUUACUGACAAAGACAAGGAGACACCGAAAUGACCAUUUCUUUUGUCAACAGUGCUAGGUUGCCUACAUUACUCGUCGCUGUGCGGCUAUUGGCAGGGCUCGAGAGGGAGAAAGAGCCCCAAGGCACAAGGGGAUGAGCGAAUUUCGUAACGCGAUUAGUGUGCGUCCCCGUCUACCACUGUCAGCGUACCCGACCGCAACCGAUAGGACAGCAUACGCGUGGGUCAGUGGCUAGGGCGUUGGACUUCUAACCGCCAGGUCGCAGGAUCAAGCCUCAGGCAAUUUACACUUCGGGCUUGGGUACGACUAACUGACGGUGGUUAAUGAGCCAGGAAUGGCAAUUCCAGUCUCUCUGAUCUUUGUCGGUAAUACUAGUCUGCCAUCUUGUUCAUUCAUACUACUCUUGGAGCCGUUUGCAUAGUUCAUCUCGCACUAGGCUCUGAUGUCGCUAGUUAGUAAAGGGCGAAUUGGAUCAUACUUGAUCCAAAUCAGACAUUUUUACUUGGAUGUCAGCGAGAGAUUGGCAGGCCUGAAUGAUAAAAGUAAUUGAGCUGUCUCGGAGAAAGUUUAGGUUUCGAGACACCCCUUUGGGAGCCUUAUAAGUGGCGUUGUCAUCUAAGACAACGGUUGAACGAAGAAUAGCGUUGGGGAUUUAAGGCAAGGCGUAGAACUAGGUCAGCACUAUGCCAGUUUUCUUAUCUGCAGCUAUUUGUAUAGUGAGAUCCCAUUGUCGUGUCUGAGUCCCUUUGGGAGUCCAGUUAUAUGAGCAAUCAUCGUCGAGGAAGGCGGCCUUCGAUGCUCAGCAUGCUUUACCCCAUCGGUUACGUUGGUUCUCACUAAGAUGGCCAUAAGUGCCGUCUGUUGGUAUUGGAUCCGCACCAUUAAAAUCAACUUCCUGACUGAGAUGUCUCAGUACUUGGUUAGCUUAAUUGCUUGCAUGAUGGGCUGAGCACCACAUUUUCGCUUUGGUGACAGUCGUUGAGUAUUAAUCGCGUCUUCUCUGAGGAUGAACUUCUAUACAAAUCUGAAGGCUCAGGCUACUACACCUAUCGUUCCGGUGAGUGCUUGUUCAUCUCCCUCGUAACAAGGACCUGGGUCUUGCGUAGUCGCCUCUAACUGUGAUGACUACAUGUAUAUACAAGACUGUUUUUGGGCUCUCUAAGUCUACUUUUGCAUCUAAACAGACACGGAAAACAGGAAAGACUCUAUUAACCCCCUGGUAAUGAAAGUCGAGACUGCAUUUGAAUCCUCAGAAAAACGCAGGCAAACACCUUCUGGAAAAAAGCCAGCAGUUGUGGCAUCGCAUUUUUGUGGCACAUGAACAUGAAGUAAACAAAAGGGAAUUUACCGUAUCUACUCAGUCUUGAGCACAUAGUAGGAAGGUUUUUGGUGUAUUGGCCUCCACCGGGAAUUGUAUGUUGCGCGAAAUACACCAAGAUAUACGGGGGAGUUCCUGAGAAGAUACUUCCUGCUUUUUAAUUUAUUUACUAUAAAGUCUUCCUAACUCAUAAAAUACAGCCUCUUAGAAAGCCCAGUUCAGGGAUCCGUACAAGACAUUUUGACGUAUUUGCCCACUCGCAGGAGCAGAUUUUCUACUAAAACUAUGGGCAGAAUUCUAUCCUAAAAUAAACCUAAGGUACCGCUAGUGAUCAUUCGCCGAUCCCCGCACACAGACAGAGGGUUUUUCUCAAACAAAGCGACUUAGUUUCUUUGCUCCAUACUUUGUAAUGCGGUUUCCAGAUUUUUUUCAUAAAAGGCGACUAAAACUUUUGAGUCGGAAAAAAGUAGGCAGGCGAAAUCUGCCGCCUGCGUUAGCAGCUACGUGAAAACUGAUCACGCAAUUAUGAUUGUUUUACUUUUAGGUGGUUCAGCCUUAAAAUAAUGUUUUGUUUCAAGAAAAACAAAGUCUGGAUUUGAAUGAACGCCGCUCAUUCAUCCAGAGUCAAUGCUGAAGCAUGACAUCAAUUAAUUGUUGCAGUUAUAUAAUUCCCAUUGUACACAAAAAUAAUAAAAAAUGUGAAAUCGUUUUAGAAGAAAUAUUUAGCGCAAAGAACUUUUUGUGUGGCCGUGUGAAAGGACUUUGGGACAUUCUCCCCAGCCAGACUAGAAAGUUCUAUCCGUAGCAGUUCUCUCAGCAUAACAGAAUUUUUGAUAAUUUCAACAGAGGACUCUAUUUUGCCACAUAAAAUUGUUUCUCCCCACAGAAUCGCACGGUACUUUCCAUCGGAAAGGAAAUACUGAUAAUUUAUCUGUUGGAGACAUUAAGUUUUUAACCACUAUUUCCAUUAUCCUGUGUUUGGCUCAUUACACGAUUCAAAUAAUAACAAAUCUCUGGUAUUUCCGCGAUUUUUAAAUACUUGCCAUAUGGUAGCUUUUGAAUCAUUUUUGUAUACAACGCCUUCGGCCGGACUUUCUAAUGUAUACGCCCAGGGAAACUGGUAUACUACCAUGUCUCCUAAUAAUUGACUGCGUUCAGGCAUAUUUUAUUAACGUGAGAUCAAGGCAAAAUGUAGGCCUUCGAAAUAAGCCGAAUGUGCUCUACUUAAUAGACACUAACUGAUGAGCAGCAUAUACGCAAAAGUAACCUACUAAUAUCGAUGGAAGAAUAUGAAUGAGACCUGUUGAGGUACCCUUUUUUGAAAGUUAACAAGCAAACUGAGAAGUUAUUCUUGAGAAAAGAAUUGUUAUAGAAAAUUAGAAUCCAUUCACUGUUUCCAUUAAAAUGAAAAUGAUAUUUGCUGGAAAGCCCAACCGUACUUAGGAUUUCCAUGAGAAAUUAGACGUCGCCUUGAGUGGUUAACAUAUGAUUUACAUGUGUUGACAACCCGCCAAUGAUAUCGCACUAAGGCCUGCAAAACUCACCAUUUGCUAUACUUCAUAGUCAAGUGUUACAAAAAGCUCACUUGUUUGUGCUGCCAAUGUCCAUAUACUGCCUGUGUUUAAACCUGUCACAACAUGGUUGGAUACCAGUGUCGCAACACUCCGUUACUGAUGCUAGUAUUAUUGCAGUUAGUUACCCAUACUGUAAGCGUUGGUAGAGUUGCACUGGCAGCCCGUGGUGGCGGUGGUAGUAGUAUUAGUACUAAUAGUAGGAUUAUUAGUAGUAUUCGCCGUAUCAGUGGUGGUAGACGGGGGAAAAAGUUUUCUUCAGUGUUGCGACACUGUAUUCCCGCCAGUGGUAGUAGUAUUAGUAGUAACAGCGGAAGUAGUGGUAAUAGUAGCAGUAGUAGUGGUGGUAGUAGUAGUAGUAGUAGUCCGCCCGUAAGACAGGCUGGUGCGGGAAUAGACAAUUCUAAGUGUUGCAACACUGUAUUCCCGCCCACAACAUUAAUUUUUCCUCAUUAUUUUCACGGAAAAUGACCUAAUUUCAAAGGAUUACAUAAGCGGCAGCGUGCGUUGACUUCUGGCUUUAAAUUCACAAUCAGAUUACUCGAAAAUUUCGCCGUUGACUUAAUAUUUGCUCACCAGGAGUAUUAUGUUGAUUCCGCAAUCGAUGAAAUGAUAUCACCAUACUAUUUAAAAAGGUAGCAAAUGUGCCAAAAUAAAAACGAGGUUUCUCAACAAUGUCAGUUACCACCUGCGACCUAGUGUAGCUGAAUACAAUAAUGUCAGACAAACCUAUGCGACUAAAUACAGACAAUCCAUAAAAGUGUGUGCUUGAAUGUAAGUUACCGGGUGUUUAUGGGACUUAUGCAACAUCAUUCCGCUUUCUGAAUUCAAAACAAAACCGAAACUUUUUUUAAAUUGGCAGCAGCUGACUAGGCUAAACAGUAAGUGCAUACGUACUGUCGGUAUUACGUCCGUAAGACACGUUUGCUUCCUAUCUUUACCGAAUGUAAUCUACAUUCUACCAGCGCUCGAAAUUUUUAAGAAAUUAGACGUUUGGCAGGUUCGAACAGCGCACAGGAUGCCAACAAAUUGGCUAGCAUAGGUAGGAAUAAUGUGAAUGUGAGACAAAGAAAUUAAGGCGUGUUUUGUUUUUAGCUACGCCCUGUCAUCCGUCCAAUCGACGUUACCAAAAAAAGUGCAUGUCGUGUCUAUAUAAACUGUGCGGUAGGGCAUGAGAAUGCGGACUUCCUGUGUUACAGGGCGUUAUGGCUGGAGCUGGGAGGGUUUUAUUUGUAGUUUGGGCCAGUUUUUGGGAAUAUGUACCCGUCCUAAAAUUUGGCAUAAGGCUGCCUGUAGCGUGGGGACUCUUAAUUCCCGUGUACAAUCUGCUUUCCGCACAAGCAGGAUAUGAUUGAUUACGGCGAUCACCGGGAAAUUGGCAGCUAUUAGCAUUCGUUUUAUCUGAAAAUUCCGUCAGUUAAAAGGCCACUACUAGGUUAUAACAGGCCCUCGGGAAGGUUAUUCACACCCCUUACAAAUUUACCACUCCCAUGCUGUGGAUAAUUUACAGCCUCAAGCACGCUGAUAUGGAAAGUUCAAACAAAGAUGGUCUCAAUGAACCUGAAAUGCAUGUCCUAGCGUCGUAAUCAGACUCUAUAGUUCUGCGCUUAUCGUUAUCACAAGAACCACAAGGUUACCCAAUUAUUAAUCUGUAAAAUUUUAGUUGUUAGUUCAGCCAUGUAAUAGGUUCUGAUUCCAGUUGAGCAUUCAAUACCACCUGUCCAAUGUGUUCUACCAACAGUUGCUCUGAAUUCUUAAAAAUGGGAGACAAAAAGGCGGUCGGCAAGAAGGAGCAUGCGUUUGCAGCUUUCAUUCUAUUAUUCUCUUUCGGCACAAUUUUUACUCUGAAUGCUUAGCAUUAAAAACGUUUUUAAGUUAAUUUGGGGCUUCAGAGCACUGUUUUUAAUUUAAUGUUUUAAUUGUUCCUGUUUGCAGUUUAAGAUCCGGAGAGCAAUAACGAGAGGUUUUUCCGUAGGUUUUUUGACCACCUUCGAUACAACUUAUUGUACUUACUUGUUACCGUCAUUGCGCGAAGUUAAAAAAUGCAACUUUAAUUUUAGAUAAAGCGGGGGUUUUAAAGCACUAAUUAUUUUGCAGCCAGUGCAGGGCAACAGGGAACCUUAAAGUAGUUCACAUGCCUAUGAAGAUUUUAAUUUAGCUUGUGUGAAAGGAGGCAUUUUUUCGAGUACUUUCUGAAUGUUCAAGAAAAUUUUAUCUGGUGACGCAUUCGACGCACGCAUCCCGACUCGUUAAGGCACGAAACCAGUGAUGUCCACAUCACCCUCAAGUAAAUUGAAAACUUGACUGGAAAUCUAUGUUUUUACCAAACAGAGGACAGAUUUAUUUUUUCAUAAAAAUGUAUUCGUGCAUUUACCUGAUACAAUGACAUUAAGUAUGAGUUGCCGUUAGUCGACUGCGCUUAAAUAGAGAAUUCAGAUUAAAAAAUAUGCAAAUAUCAAACCAAUUGCAACUUGUAAGAAUGCGGAAUUUCAUCUGAGCACAUCAUUGAUCGCAAACGCAAUUUGCACUCGGAAGAAAAUAAUUCAGUAGAGGAAUAAAAGUUUAAAAGCCCCCCUAAUACUAUGGAAAAACAAAGUUCUCAAAGGCGAUGACCAGAAAUAAGUAAUCAUCACACUUAUUAUUUUGGGAGUUUAGUUCAUAAAGGACCAACACCAAAGGGUGUAUAAAUGGAUUCAGUAUGUUGAUUUUUAUCGUUGCCUUACUUAAGUUAUCUUUUUGGAUCUGAAAUCCUCUUUAAGAAUUUCAACCAACAUUUCUUGAAAAUUGGAUACGUACGGCGACUUUUAGGGAGAUCUCCCUAGGGAAGUCCACCUCAAGAGUCCUUACAUAACCUUCGCUCUCUCGAUUCCUCUCUCCUCUGGAAAUGGUAUAGGCAAACCGGAAUUCAGGCUCCGACUAUUUUGCUUUUACAUGGUGAACCAGCGACGCGUGACCUCUGUCUGAAAGUUAGAAAUCACCUCAGUGGCUAAUCAUUUGCAGACGACCUUGAGAUGGCUAACUCCGUCUCCUGUUGUCAGGCCUAUUCGCCGAAGACCAUGUCUGAUCCUACGCCGCAAGCAAGACAUUUUUAGUUUCUAGAACAGUCGGCGAACACUCAGUAAUAAAGACGGGUUCCAUUGAGUUUAAGAUUACAGGCCGGUUGAGAAGACAUGUCAAACGAAAAACAAAGUGACUGUCUACUGUUCGGUCUGGAGUUACCAGUGGAAAAUAUAGAGGACGACGUUGGAGUAGCUUAAACGAGUACUCCGCAGAGUCAUCCGACAGUCCCUUAAACGUACAAGUGUAAAACUUAGGGCACUUAAGACUGUCAGAAAAUAGAUUAACCUAUUCUGAUGGACUUAUGUCUAAAAUUAGUCUGCUGAACGUCGGCAUUUAAGUUGAUCAAAUUUACUCGCAGCUGGUUUUUACAGGUCCUGUCUUUUUGUUCCCCUAAUAGGCAUGACAUACUUUACAGUUACAAGCUCUUUUUAUUUAGAUGUCUGAGUUUCUCUUUUAAUGUUCGUUUCUCCAUCCGAAUAUUUUUUUAUAAGUGUGGAAUUUAUGCUUCUAAACAGUCAAUCCAAGCACCGAUACUUUUGGUUAGAUAAACUCGGAGUGGUCAGAACUGGAAUUAAUCGAACUGCAUGGAGAAACAAGUGCUGGCCUUGGCUUUGGUCUGUUGGGAAAUAAGACAACGGGCGUCUUGGUGCGUAACAUCGUUCCCGGCGGCGUGGCUGACCUGGUAAGUUACGUCUUCGUUUUCAUUUUAACAUCGCGCAAAGUCUAAUUCCUUCAAAUCGCAAAAAACCAUGCAUUUUUCUAUUCUCCCUCCACCUCCUGUCAUCAAGUAAUCUCGUGUGGCCUAAUUUUUGGUAAUUAUAAGAUCUGCGGGGUAGCGUAAAUGGGACAAUUGUCUAGUUAUUUGUGACUGCCUUCAGUGGAUAGGUUACCUUGCAUCAUUACGCAUGCAUAAAGCCACGCAAACGUACGAGAGCCUUAUUGCUUCCAUAAAGAAACCAUAAGUUCUACGCCGUGUUUUAGCUUUAUCGGGUGAGAACUGGCGUUUUUGACGUGAAAUACUUGUUGCAAUGGAAAAUUGCUUUUUAACUCUUUCUGACUUUGAUAUUUGCACAAAUUAGGUAAACUUCUCAAAAAUGCACGAUUCAAGUAAGGUUUGCUUAAAAUAUCACAAGGAGUGCUCUCCAGUCGUUGUGAGGGGUAGUGCUGAAUCCUACGUUCAAAAAGCGACUACCAUCAUCACUUACACAGCAGAAAUCGGAUUAAUUGUUGAAAAAAGGACUCAGUAUUUAAACAAUUCCACUAGGACCCACAAAGAGUAGCUAGGAGGGUAAGCAGCCAAUGGCAGCAAGCAUUUUCCCGACCGUAAACAGUGUGGAAUAAGAUGAACAAUCCGAUUAAAUCAGGGAGUUUAACAUACAGACAUCUGCGACCAAAUGACCAGCCUAGAUUCGCAGCACUUUUAGGUAGAUAAGUCUGGUAAAGCGUCGCACCUGAUGAAGAGCGUCAUUGUAGGGCAGAAACUAUAAAUUGCGUGUGACACACAUUACUGUCCUUUGACAGUUCGACCGUCGGUUUCGACGUGGGAGGUGUCAUUGACGUUCCAUUUACUCGUUACUGCACAGCAGCAACAGCAGCAGCCGAACACGUCAGGUUCUCGUUAGGACAAACAAUAAACAGCCACAGAGGCUGCAGCAUAAUGUAUUUUGGAGACCGGAUGGCGGAUGCAGUGUCUUGCAGCUUAUUCAUUAGUCAGUGCCGGCAGGAACAUGCACUAGCUCUAGGAGAACAAACGUUGCUCAGAGAUUCUGAAUUGCGCAGCUGUGUUCAGAUGGUUUAACGAUGGUCAAAGCUACCUAACUAAAGAAACUUCACAGGCUGGCGCUUUACGAAGUAGCUACUUUCAGCGUCAGCAGUUUGAACAGGAAAAGACGUAAAUGGCAUGCGCCGACAAGGAUAAGGGAGACCGGAGUAGCCAUUUCUGGCCUAUUAGCCGACAUCAGCCAGUCAUAUCCAACUCCGGAAGUGUGGAUCACUUGGGAUUCGAACCUGGGAUCUUUGGUCAUGGAGCUGGACACUCUACCAUGAGUCCGUUGUCCUGUCGUGGAAUUAGGCAACGAUGUGAAUCAGCAGGCAGCCGUGAUAUGAUUUCGAUACCCACAAGUCUACAGUAGGUGGGCCAAAUCAUGAAAACCCAACCUGUCCAAUAAUCGUAGAAUACUGCCGUGACUCUGUGGUAGUCUUUACUUAAACGCGGUAGGAGCGCUGGGCUAACACGGAGACUAUAUCGGGGUCCGGCAGGCGUUAUCGGGAAUGCGCACUCAUAAAAAUUCCAGCAUUUGGGGUGUGGGACAGGCUUAGUUGUAGACUCACGCCGCUGUCCCUCCUCUCCAUAUUUUUGUUGUUUAAAAUCCUGGUAACGCGUUUGUUAUGAACCAGAAGAUGUGGUGGUACGCCUAAGUGCAGGCCUACACAGUGCCAGCCACCUAGGGCCUCUCGUCUUCCGUUUUCUUGUCUUGAUAAUGAAACCGCGCUCAGGUAGGGGAGAGGAGGGAGUGCGUUAGAUGCUACUCAAGUCUAUUAUAAGUAUCAACGAAUUCACACUCACUUCGCCGUCCUUGUCCUCACCCUGCUGUGUAGCACACGGUGGGCAUCGUUGAAACCGACGGCUGAACUGUCAUUUUAGUCUUAUGUUUGGGGCUGCUACUCAUCGUGCAUUUGGGAGCUUCAAAAAUUCUAUGGCAAGAAGAGACACAUGUUCGUCAUUUCAUAGGUUCGUGAAACUAUAAAAUCAAUCCAAGAGAAUUCCAGAGCUCAGUAGUUACCAGGGUCACGGUCGCCUCUGUGGUCUGUUCAUGCUAUUAACUUAUUAGAAAACGUUACUCACGUGAUCGCCCUUCCACGGCUCUGCUAGUCGCCACUUCAUUCAAUCUGUUCUCCAGCAGAUUUUUACUGCACUGAGGAACCACGUUUAACGCUUUAAUCAUUGCAAUUGAGCAGAGUGUCAGACUGAAUACCCAUUCAGCGUUCUGGUUUUGUUAUUUAUAAGUGGCGUCCUCAUCCCACCUCUCUUCUUAACUAACGACUCCUCAUUAGGUUAUGGCCAUUUAUAUGCUCGUUUUCUGAUAUCUCAUCGGAGUUUCAUGGACCCACACCAUAUAAUGUGUUUUAUUGGUUUAUUUCUGACCCAAGGAAUGAUCCUAUGGUGUUUUGCGUCUUAGCUGUUGUUGCUUUUUCAUCCACUAGAAUGCACUAGAGUUUGUUAGCUAGCACAAAUCCGAUAGGAUGAAAACUGUCCGACAUUCCCUUCCUACGUGUUUGUUGGCUGCAUAUGCCUCACCAGUGCCGAUAUAUUGCCUACGUGAUAUGAGUCUAUUUUUCAAAUGAAGAAGAGUUUGGGCAAAUAUAACUUUUCCUGAUGAUAUGCAAACCACCUCGACUAUGAUGCAUUACUUUUACUUAUCACCUAAUUACCGGGAUUUGUCGCAACCGGUUUCGAUCCUCACGCAUCUAAAUGGAGAUAAGGACGUCUUCUAGUGUGGGGCUUUUUAGCUAUAAAUCAGAGUGUGCGACUGAAAAUUAUGAGAAAAUGCGAUUUUAUAUGAAAUGGUUUCCAUUUUGUCUUGCAACGUAGCAGCUAUCUAUGAAGAAAACUACCAUCUGAUUGAUGCCAAUUACUGUGUAUGUUCUACGCAAAAAAUUUUAUACCAACCUGAUCCCAUAAAAUACUUCACUAGAAAAGGAUCUUGGUGCACGCUUAUUGAGCGCUCACAAACAUCCCGAGCACAAUGGCAAACGUCUCAAAAAGUUCGAAAUAAUAAACUUGUUGAAACCAACAAAUAACUCAUUGCUUAGCAAACUAUGGGCUGAGGUGAUGUAACAAUCGAUAGAAUAGGUAUAAAGGUGUAUGACGUUGCACAUAUUCAUGGGAAACAUGAUUGAAUUUAUGCAGACCGCGAAGGUUGGCGCAGGAAUGUAUUCCAAUACAAAACGAUCGUUUGUAGAGUGCAAUUCACACAGAUGGAUAGAAGGAGGUUAUGUCAUAAGCCAGCAUGUCAAGGAGUAGGAAGUGACUGUGUGAUAUGCUCUCUGACAGUCAGUUGGGCAUGUCAAGUAAGUCAUCGUUUCGGUUUGAAACCGUGCUGAUGCGUGCCAGUCAACGUCCAUGAGUCUUGGACCAAAAAUAAGUAAGUCACCCAACGUUUUCUAUGCCUCAUCAGAGGGACAAUGGAAUGUUUUGAAUGAUUUCCACAGCAGCGGGGCUAUAUUAAAGACAAGAGCAGUCCCAAUGGUCGAUUUCAGAUCGAAGGUUAUUUGAAAAGUCUUUCCUUGGAAGAGGGAGAAAUGUGAUAACAAUUCCCUCUUUAAUAUCAGCACCACUAACUUUGGAAAGAAGGCCUCGGCCGGUUUCGGGGUCCCACGAAGGAGAAACAACUUUUGGCUUACAGGAGCUAACGGAGGGAGACCCUUCCUGAAUCUCUUCUCGUUAUGAGCUCCGAUCUCGCUCCAGCUGAGGACGUCUAAGAGUGACUAAUUUUUUUCAAAGUUGGGUCUAGGCUGGCUCCUGUAUGCCGAAACAUGGGCAGCAACGCGAAGCUGAUCGAGUAGAGAAGGUGGGCGUACUCAUGAAAUGUCGACCGAAAUUUCGAAAUGCGUUUUUGUUUCGAAAAGAUUAAUUAAGUUAGGUUAUAAAACAUAUCAUCAUGCAGCAUAAUUAUAUAAUGGUCCAGUUGCCUCAGGGUGCCUUCUUCUGAAAGAACUUAUUUCUGACUUCAUGCAAGAAGUAUAUCCUACAAAAAAUGACUACAUAAGUAGCAUGCAAAUUUCUCCUUGAUUUUCGAUGCCCUUAAAAGUUCAAUUAUAUUCAAUGAAAAAAUGGAAUAAAAUAUCCAUCCUUUUACUUAUUCGGUAGAAAUUCACGCCUUUUUCCAAUUUUAUACUCGAAGGAAGAGUAUAUUUCGGUUUUAAAAACCCUUUUUAAUUCCCGAAUCAAUUUGAAUCCGACCUGCCGUUGCACCUGUAUUCCGGGUUUCAAACUACAAGCCGUAUAUUUUCCGCGCACGGAAAAUCAUACAUUUUUCUACGGCAUUAGAAGGAGACCAUAUGGUUUUCAGAAAAUUAGCAGUGGAUUUGAGCAAUAUUGUUAACUAUACAAGCCAAAUUGGUAAAUACAGACAUAUGACGUUUUAUGAGCGGCCAUUUCAUGGUAUUAAAAAAUCUCACAAUAAGAAACUUUUUGAAACCGAAUUAUGCUCUUCCUUGGAGUAUAAAAUUGAGCAAAUACGUAAUUUUAAACCGAAAAAAUAAAAGGAUGGAUAUUUUAAUGCAUUUUUCCAUGAAAUAUAAUUGAACUUUUAAGGGCGUCGAAAUUCAAUGAGAAAAUUGCUUGCUACUUCCGUAGCCAAUUUUUGUAGAGUAUAAUUUCUGCAUGCAGUCAAAAAUCAGUUCGUUCGGAAGAAGGCACUCUGAGGCAACUGGAUCAUUAUAGAUUUAAGCUGUAUGAUGAUUAGUUUAAAAACCUUACUUAAUUAAUCUUUUCGAGACGAGAACGCAUUUCGAAAUUUCGGUGGGCAUUUCAUAACUUAGCCCACCAACUGUAGGCCAUUGCAACGCUUACUGGGCCAACAUCAAAGAAGGAUUUAUUGCUGUAUUUUUAGCACAACUUUGACUCUACAAAGAGCUUCCCAUAGGGCAUGGCACUAAGGGCCUCUCUUGCUACAUCUGGUCUUGUGCUAAAGUCCAGCCGGGUACCUAUUAUCGUGCCUUAGAUCUAGCGCUGACUAGUGCCCUCAUACUUAUAAGACGAACCAAAGCACCAAUUCUCCUAGCGAUAACCCUGACAAUAAACCAAACUCUACCCCCACGGAACUGCCACUUUUUACUCAAGCAGGUAAUAGGACACAGUUUUUGCAAAUUCUUAGCCUGGUAGCAUGAUUAGGCCUUUGUCUAUGCAGUUUCUAUGGGCUCAGCAUGUCGCCUAAAACAAUCAAAACUUAUUUUCACGGAGAAACCUGACACACUGGCUUUCAAAGACGCCACAAGGGAAUAUGUAAACAGCCGACCUGAGAAGAGGCAAUAUGUAAACAGUUAAGUGAUUGAAGUGCUUAUAUGUUGGACAGGGCACAGUCAUCAGCCUUAAGUUAAGUUCCAGAGCAGUUGGGAUGAAGGAUAGGAUUAUGGGUAUGCUUAGGGCAGGCGAAUAUGUAUCGCAAGACCACAUAUUCGUGCCAGCCCCACCUAACACUAACACCAAACAAAACUCUACCCCCAUGAAAUUUAGUGAUAAGUGGAAGCCAUAUUCCCCUGUGCUACCGAAGGUUCAUUUGAGGAAGAGAAGGCAAACGUUUACAAAAAGCCUGACAAUUAAACCUUACUUUAUAUUGGUCACCUUAGUUUAGAGACGACCCACUGUACUCGCCUAGUUUCAGGUUUCCGCGCAGAUUUUGGUACGCACAGGCCAACCGAAGACCUAUUUUGCUGAAUAUUACUCACUCUCGAUAUUUCUCUGCUGGAGCGAUCGCAGCGCACGAGGGGAAAAGCUGCGUGGUUAACUCUUUCCCACAAAAAUUGUCUCAACGGCAGACGAACGUGCGCAUCCUCGGUGCAGAAUGCGUCGUUUUGACAUGCGGUGAUUUCCGCCAUUUCCCUUUUGCCGCGCGCGCUUAAUGCUCCGUCCGUUUUAACUAAAUUAUUAAUCAUCCACUUGUUAGUAAUGCUGUUGAUGUUGCUGCUACUGCCGGCUUUAAAACAGAAAGAGUAUUCUGUGAAUAGCGCUGUUUUGACUGUCUAGCUGAAGUCUUGCAUAUUUUGGAGAUUUUACAACAGGGAUGUUUUUUUGUGGAAAGAGCUUUUGUCAGGACGGGUAGUAGGAGACACGCCUGCCUGCCAUCUGUCUUGUCGUUUGUAGAAGGAAAAUUUCGACAAAAAUGUUUUUGAGCUGCCUUAUAAUUGCAAGGCCAGGAAGUGUCAAUGCAAGAAAGAGAAAAAGCAGAUUUUGCAUUAUUGAAUUCGUUAUCUUUGCUAGCGUCGCUUUUGAAACCACAUACACGUAAUCCGAUGUGGCAAUUCAUUCUGUCAAAAAACGGUUGGACUUGACCCGUGGAUGGUAAUAUCACCAGUCGUUUUACAGUGAACAUAUAAGAAUCGCAGUGAAACUGCUCACAAAUGAUUCAGAUCCAAGGGCGCUGAUAUUUCACAAUUAGGCCGUUUCGGCGACUGGUAUUUGUGGUAUUAUCUCCCACAUUUCCUCCUCGAAAAUGGUCCUUGUCCUGUGUGAAAAUGAUGGAUGGUUGCCUUCGAGCGGAAGAUGUAACAAUGCGGCGCACACUGUUCUACUGUGUGCCAUUAGUCAAACUAGAAAAAAAACAAUUCUUCUAACUAACCACUAAUCUCGUAUGGCAGUUGCGUGUUUCGGCCACACACGUGCAACAAGCCGAAGACAUCCAUCUUACUCCCAAGAAGGAGUCAAGCUCGAGGAAGCAGUGAUUUGCUUUCUCAACCGGAAAGUGAUGGUUCCUUCUAAAUGCCCAGGACUGACAAGUUAUUUAUCAAAAUCCAGUCUCCAAUGUGAACUUUACAUCAGUUUUGUGUCCGGGAAAUAAAUGGUUUUACCAGUUGGAAAUGAGCUACCUUGCUGAAAACAUUUCCCUGUGGGAAAUUAAACGCUCAUUAUUUAUCCGUGGUUUAUUUCCGCAGACGCAGUCGGUAGGCUGUUGAACCCAUAAAUUGAAUCAUGGACUUCAGAAACAUACAAGAUAGUCAACAUUAAUUGUGGUGUUUUCGUAUCUAGUCAGGCACAUCUUCGAACUUUCCGGUCCUAAAUAUAUAAAGUUGCUACGAAUGGAUUCCGUCUACAGAAGAUGAUAAGUAGGAUUGCUUAGGGAGUUCUAAGCCAUUCACCGUCAUAUUUGCAGGGAUGUUUGCAAAAUAUCACCUCGUGUUUCAUUUUCUGUGUCUUAACAGGUCCAACAAUUUGGAGACAUUUCUGUGCCUCACUGACUUUCUGGCUUAAUGGGGAUGUGACGUUUAGUCGUUUGGUUUGGUUCUUUCUAGUUCCUUCCCCGAACUCAUAAUAAAAGAUUUCUACUCAUGACCAGUUUAACGGGAAUAUUUGGCAAAGUUAGCACCCAAGAAUAACGGUUUUUGAAUCUCGCACGAGAUUACGUUCAUGUCAAAUUGCCUGUCCAUCUGGCCAUCAUUGUUUAGCCUUAAACUGUCCCUCGCAGCAUGCGUGACACCGGCUAGUUAUUUAGAUCUGUUACUAUAAUCUCCACAACGAAGCAUUGGAGUCCAGUGGGUUUUUGAACGCCGUAUGUGUUGCAGGGUAUGUAUGGCGAUGAGGCUCUUGCUUAACCAGGCAUAAAACGUUUUGAUAUAUAUGAAAAAGCGGCGAAAAUUUUAUAAAGCUCCAGUUCAAAAGAAAGCAAAUCAAAAUUUUCAGUAAGCCAAGAUUGUCGCCCGCUGCGAAAUGUUUAUAUGCUCGGUCUUUGACUAGAAACCUCGAAAACUCAGGCCAACAAGUCCGCUAGCUAAACAGCCAUGUGUUCGUUUCCGACACAAGCAAUCUGAGGUGGGCUCAAGUUUGAGACAUGUUCAAUUUUGUUGUGUAAAGGUAACAUGUGGUUUGAUAGCCCCACCUGAUGGACACAAUACUGUUCGGGUUAAGGGUUAGAGUCCGGGGGUAAUGGUUAUGGGUUAUGGUUAGGGGUUAGGGUUUGGGGUUAGUGCAACUAUUAUUCAACCAUCCAAAGUACAACCGCGCAUUUCCGAUAGCUUUUCUUUUGCACACAACUACUUAACCUCGUCGUCUGUGCGUACUCCGGUCCCGUAUUAGAGGUGACUAGGGGUUGUUUUUCUUCAGGUGGGGCUACGUAACCACAUCCGACCUUUAUAAACUUUCGGAAAUCUAUCAAGUUUCCUUGAACUACCCAUUGGAUAUCGCCAUAGAAUUCCGUGCAUUUUCCUGCGUUCCCAGUUAUGGAGCCAUUCCACGGCGAUUAAUACGUGUACAGUCAGCUGGCUCACAUUUGAAAAAAAACUCCUCAGUUCAUGCGGUCGACGCUUGCGUUCCAGCGUUGGAACGGUCUUCAGUGUCUGUCCGUGACUCCAAGUUCACGAAAUUCACCUCAUAAAUGCCCAGGCAGAUCUCUCAUAAAGGCAAAUAAGGCAAAAUAGUUGAUACCCAAAGGUAACUUUUAAACCGAUCUCCAUCCUUACCGAGCUCACUGAAAGUCCCCUCUUAGAUAUGGCAGAGUUAACCACUGUCUCGUUAUACCGCGUUGAUUGGGUUAGGGAUGUCUGAUGGGCCGGAGAGGAUAGAUGAAAAGCCUUAGGUCUAAGUGGGCAUAUCGAUCGACUCCCAAAUAAGAUCAAUUGUUCCGUAAAUCAGCGAGUGCUUUGUACACAGAAGUACCCCACACGUGCAACAUACCAGCAACAGAAGCGAAAAAAUUAUCGUACGCGCGGAGGCAGAGUAGGUGCACGCAAAAGUAACAAUCGGGAGAUGGUGGCGGGCCAACUUCGAUCAUUCACCUGUUCAAAUAAGGCUUUCUGUCGGCUAGUAUCGUACAUCCCGACCAGCCACCACCCAUAAAACCCCUAUUAUCACCUGUCCCGUAAGACAGGCUGCUUUGGUUAGGCGGAUUUUUUGGGUGCCAUCUCCCGAUUGUUGCCCAUGCAAAACGUCCAGUUUCUCUGCAAUGGUCAACUGUACAGGCAAAUAGACGGCGCGGAGUGAUGGGCUCACCGCUCGGCCCAUUUCUCGCAAAUGUCUUCAUGGAUAAAGUCGAGAUGACAAAUUUACAAGAGGUCUGCCUCCAGUUAAGUUCCUAAAUUCUGAUAACGAAAUUGUAAACCUCUGUGACUUCCACAACUCGAACUACCCGUUAGGCAUGGCAGUGGAAACGUUAAAAGAAUUGCUGACACUUUGCACGCAAAACGUUCGGCUUCUCUGCAAUGGCCAACCUUAGAGGCAAAGAGAUGGCGAAGCAAUGGGUUCACCGCUUGGUCCGUUCCUCGCAAAUUUUUUCUUGGCAAAGUCGAGAAGACAAGGUUAGAAGAUAUUAUUAGUGACAUUAGCUUCUACAGACCACCCAUACAGACGCUCUAGUCCAAAAGUUUGACAGUGAACCCCUCUCACUAAAGUUCUCUGCAGAGGUUAAGGCAGACAACGAAUUCGCGUUCCUCGAUGUUCUUCUGCAUAGACAAGAGGAUGGGUCUUUCCAACGUAGGGCAUUCCGAAAGAAAAACUGGACGGAUAAUGCGCUAAAUUUUACAGUUUUGUUCCCCUAAAUAUUAAACGCAAUUUGGUCCAGGGAUAGGCAAUUACAGUGCGGCAUAUCUGCUCUCCCGAUAUUGUUGGGGUAGAAGUCCAGCCGCUGCAGGAUAUACUCCACGAAAAUGGAUACCCAGAGAUAUUUAUCCUCCGAAAUAUAGGGGAGCGCACUGCAAAGCCUACCAUGGCAACUGCAGAAAAGAAGGACUUAUUUAUAAGACUGCUUUUUUAAGGUGACGCAGCAAGUGACCUAGUAAGAAGAAGUCUGAAGACAGCGAUCACUAGCGCUUUCCCCGUGGCGAACUUACGUGUAUGUUUCACUUACUCUCCCCUCCUACGCUUGGAAGGUAAAGACCGACUCCCGUUGCAGGCCACAUCGAUGUGCAUUUAUUCAUUCACUUGCUUCUGUGAAGCGGGACACAUUGGCCAUACAACGAGGCGCUUGGAAAAGAGAGUGCGUGAACACAUACCGGCCUGGCUAGGCAAAGGUGAGAAGAAAUCGAUCUCGACUUCUAUUCUCGCACAUCCUGUCGAUACGAAUCACCGAGUCGAUGCCAAAGAAGCCUUUCAGAAUAGGAUGAGUUUAUUCAGGAAAUCAGACGAGCAGAAUAAGUGGCGUCUUUAGCGCCAAUCCUUAGAGUUAACUCUGUGGUGCUGUGGGCAUCCGGCAGUUGCAUUGACAUGCUCGACAAGGCGCGCAGACCUGGCCUGAGUGACCAUGGUGACCGCCAACAAAGGUCCCCGCCACCGCCGGCUUCUCAUUUUCAGUUACGACAGAUUCCUGAAGAUGCUCUGCCGGGGCCAAAGUUCCCAUCACGGUUAAAAUUAGCAGGGUAAAGAGGACAGGCUGCAUUCUUUCACUACGAUUUGUUUCCCCAACAGUACAAAAAGACAGGCUUUUAUAAAGCCAGAACCACAGAAGUGGCUACAAUGUAACGCUUACGCGUGUUGACACUGGUGAGUAAACAGAAGAAUGACUGCCAACCCAUGCCCCGCCUAUCCGCCCCCUCCCCUCUUUGAAGUUCUCAGCUCGCAGGCUAAGUCGACUUUUCACAUCUGAACAGACGCAAGAACAUUAACUUUUGUCAGCUAAUUGCGUCAUUUAAAACAGGUGAUUUCGCUUUGUGAUGGAAGUUAAGUUCGCUUUAAUUGCUCCACCUGUGUAUGAUCUGAUUAUGUCUCGUUAUACAGAGGGCCGCGAGGGCACGAGACGAUGCCUUCGUGAGCUGCAAACCCUUGGGCUUGGUAUCGCAAGCGUUAAUUGCGGCACUAUUUGUUGAAAGAACUCAACUGCCUUACGAGAUGCAAUUUUAUUUUUGCUGUGUAAUUAGCACACGUGAUACGAGAGGGUACAGAGCAGCUCAGUCUGCGUAAUACAGGCAAAUACCGACCCGUCUAGACGUGUAGAGCUUUAAAUCUUUUAGGCCUCGCCCAUGGGUUUUCUGAAUACUUGAACGUCCCUCUCCCCCAGCGGUUUCAGAAGAUUUCGUCUGAUUUCCGUUUUCUGCACACGUCCUCGUCUUCUGCCAUAGUCACCAUAGCAGCACUUUUCAGGACGUUUAAUUGGCCAAUAGUCGGGACCUCUUAUUGACCAGUCUGCUUGCUUUAGAAUCGCUUUAUCCCAAUUUCCGUCUGUGAAUUAUCGCGGAAUAGGCCAGUGCAGGGGAUGACUUAAUGGUGCUUUGUGGAAAUUAGUAUCCCCGACCCCUCGCCCCCCACCCCCCCCCCCCAACCCCGCCUGAAUGAGGUCGCACUGUUACAUCAGAGCCCGCCUUGUAGUCGCAUUCGAGUGCGUGUGGUUGGUGCCACAGGAGGUGUCUGUCACGCGUAGACAAGAAUUCAACCGCGCCGGUUUGGCCUUUGUCCCCUACUGGAACAUAGUAACUCUGGCGAGAAGGAGUGCAAUGGGUGUCCCACAAGACGGUUCUUUGCUACUGGCCCAAUUCACGUACAAUUCUGGUCUGUCCUCCCGCGGAACAGUGGCAGUCGCCGUCACCUGAGGCAGAUAAACUGCCGACUUCAUUGGGCCACAGGCGAUUCCACCCAUUUUACGUGCCGCUCUGCGGCAGCUGGCGGGGCUCGAGAGUGAGUGAACCCCAAAACACGACGGGAUGAGGGAGUUCCGCAACGCUAUCGGUGAGCGCCCCUCUACGCCUGUAUGUGUUCGAUCGCAACCGACAGGUCAGCGAGCCCGUGGCUAGAGCGUUGGACUUCAGAUCAACAGAUCGCGAGUUCGAUCGUGGCUGUUUGAUGAUGGCAAACGAGCCAGAAAUAGUUAUUUCAGCCUCCUUCGUCCCCCUCAAUAUUGACACAAUUCUAGUCUGCUUUCCGGGAACAGAUGCGGUCCUUGUCAACUGAGAUGGGCAAACUACCGCCCUCGUGGUAACUGAUGCAUUCUACGGAGUGAUAGGGAUUCCACUAGGAUUGGAGCUGGGCAGGUUGUUAUCUGACAUUUUGUCGCAUGAGUGCGAACAGCUGACACUAUUGCCGAAAAACAACGACCCCAGUAAGUCUGUACUUUAAUACCCUAGAAAAACGCAUGAUGUGGUUUGAAAAUAUGACUAAUAUUUUAUUUCAAACGGUUAAUGUUAUUAACAACACUGCGUUCCCUACUGCUGAUUCCACUAAAUUUAUAUUGUUGUUCUUAUUCCUGUGGAAUUAUUGGAGGUAUUUACAACCUGUAGUAGGAAGCAGAAUAUAACAUUGCAAACCGUCAGGUUUGUCGUUCAAUACAUGAGUUCAAAACCUCCUUUAUCCUCCAUAGUUCAACCCACAAUAACUUUUAUGUAUGGAUAACAGUUAUCUAUGCCCUACAUGCCUUUUGGCUUACCUUAAGAUCAGUGCAAUAUGAAUUAAAGUACGCUGGGAGGUCUCUUAUUUGGUAACAGAAGUCUCCACCAUAUCUCAAUCAAACAUGCGCAAUGUGAACUGUUAGCAUCCAACAAGGACAUCUCACUACAAGAUAUUGGUUACAGAAGGGGGGGAUAGUGGAACAACCCGAGGGGGUAGAUGGUAAUCUCCAGAGACCAUGACUCUUGUUUUUCCCGUCAAUUUGAAACAUAGAGGCAUAAAAUGUAUCUGUAUCAAAGGCUACCCAGUACUACUUGGAACGAUCUUAUGCGCGAUUCGUUUUUGCGAGCUGCAAGUUGUCCAGGUAAGGCCUAUGUACGGCUUUAGGUUGCGCUAGCGGUAUGAAGACUGGGCACACACAAACAAAUGAUUACAUUUCGGUCGUCUAAAACAAAAUGGGCGUGAAGUUUUUGAGUUUAAAAAAAGUUGGUGCAUAUUUCGUGCCAGUGUUUGGUUUUGCUUAAGCAGAAUGCAAGUGAAUGUAUGUUAGUAAAAUUCCACAGAUAACUAGCUCGCCAACGCAGUUUCUGAAGUUAGACGUGUAGUUUGACAAGCCGUGCUCCGAGGGAUGGAUGCAUUUAGUAGUAGGUCAGCGAGCCCGUGGCUAGAGCGUUGGACUUCAGAUCAACAGAUCGCGAGUUCGAUCGUGGCUGUUUGAUGAUGGCAAACGAGCCAGAAAUAGUUAUUUCAGCCUCCUUCGUUCCCCUCAAUAUUGACACAAUUCUAGUCUGCUCUCCGGGAACAGAUGCGGUUCUUGUCAACUGAGAUGGGCAAACUACCGCCCUCAUGAUAACUGAUGCAUCCUAUGGAGUGAUAGGGAUUCCACUAGGAUCGGAGCUGGGUAGGUUGUUAUCUGACACUUUGUCGCAUGAGUGCGAACAGCUGACACCAUUGCCGAAAAACAGCGACCCCAGUAAGUCUGUACUUUAAUAUCCUAGAAAUGACUAAUAUUUUAUUUCAAACGGUUAAUGUCAUUAACAACACUGGCUUCCAUACUGCCGAUCUCCCUAAAUUUAUAUUGUUGCUCCCAUUCCUAUGGAAUUAUUGGAGGUAUUUACAACCUGUAGUGAGCAACAGAAUAUAACAUGGCAAACCGUCAUGUUUGUCUUUCAAGACAUGAGUUCAAAUCCUCCUUUAUCCACCAUAGUCCAACCCACAAUAUGUAUGGAUUACAAUUACCUACGCCCUAAUGUAUUAUGACUUACCUUAAGACCAAUGAAAUAUGAAUUAAAGUACCCUGGGAGGUUUCUUAGUGGGUAUCAGAAGUCUCUAGCAUAACUUAAUCAACCAUGCGAACUGUUAGCAUCUAACAAGGAUAUUUAACAAGAAGAAAUUGGUUACAGAAGGGGAGGAAUAGUAGAACAACCCUAGGGGAUAAAUAGUAAUCCCCGGAGGUCAUUGCUCUUGGUUUUCCCGUCGAUUUGAAACAUUCAGUCAUAAAAUUCAUCUGUAUCAAAUGCUACCCAGGACUACCUGGUACGAUCUUACGUUUGAUUGGUUUUUGCUAGUUGCAAGUUGUCCAUGUGAGGCCUAUGUACGGCUUUAGGUAAUGCUAGCGGCAUUGAAGACUGGGCACACAUAAGCAAAUGACCACAUUUCAGUCGUGUCAAACGAAACGGGCGUGAGGUUUUUUGCGUUAAAAAAAUCUUGGGGCAUAUAGCGUGCCAGUGUUUGGUUUUGCUUAAGCAAACUGCAAGUGUAAAUGUAACUUCAAUGUACGUUAGUAAAAUCCAAUCGAUAAAUAGCUCGCCAACGCAGUGUCUGAAGUUAGACGUGUAGUUUGACAAGCCGUGCUCGGAGGGAUGGAUGCAUUUGGUAGAAAGCAAUAUGUUUAUCGUCCUUGAGUAAUAUGCUCGGUACAAACCAACGUGUCUAAUACCUAUCACCUUAGGAGGCCUUAUACUUAAAAAUCACACCAACAAAAUGGCUGGGGUGAUGAGAGCAUUAUAAUAGGGACUUUCACGGGUUCUCUCAGUGGCACAGUAAAUUGACACCUUUUGGAAAGAGGCGUUGUCAGUCAUUUGGAUAACCGCUUUGGGGUUUAUUCUUUUUUGCCAAAUGUCACCUAAAAUGUUGGUAAUUGAGUUCGCCGAUUAAGCAGUCGACGUAAUAAUCGCAGCCACUUGCGUGAUAUGCAGCGUGUCUGGUAACGUGCGCAAACUCUGCAAAUUUGAUUACUUUGUAAAGGGAAAUAACGCAACUUGAUGGAAAACAUCUAGCAUCUAAAGAAUAUCCGUCUGCGAAGAGCCACUGUCAAAAGAUUUCGCUAACUGAUUCAUCUAAACUAAGCCAUGUCAAAUAAUGUCCUUUCCGAAAGCCCUCAUUAUCGAAUUUUGACUGUUCCUUUGCCGUUAUGCAACAUUUGGUUGCAUUCAUCCCCGUACUGAUGUAAUGACGGCCUUCUUCUGUCAUAUUAUCGCUCAUAUUUUACAGUUUCCUUUCAACCUGUACUUCAGUCAGCUGUUUCUCUUACUGACACGCAAUUAUGCCUCCCAUAAAUUACUAGUUUUGUAAGGAAGAAGACUGGUCGAGAAACGGGACAUUUUGUUUAUUGUUCUGGGCUUUCAAACUCGUGCAGUAGUCCACAGCGGGUAAGAUCGCAGUUGGUAGCCAGGCACUGUAAAUUGAUAGUGUCGACGUAUUUACUUGUUAUCAGUAGGUGUGUUUACCUUGUCUAGAGAAGUAGUUAUCAGUACGUGUGCUUCUACUGCAUGAGGUAGGUCAACGGUUUCGGUCAGGCUAUUGGGUUUAGUGAGGGUUACGGUUAGGCGUAGGUUAGGUUUGAGGAUUAGGAUUUGCGUUAUAUGGUCCGGCUUCAGUGUUAGGAUUAGGGUUUAGGCUUAUGAUUAUGGUUUGGCUUUAGAGUUGGGUUUCGGCUUCAGUGUUAGGGUUAGCGGUUAACAAAUAAUGGUUAACGGUUAAGGUAAGGGUUACAGUUAAGGCUAGGGUUAUGGUUAAGGUUAGGUUUAAGGUUAAGGUCACAGUCAUGGUUAGGGUUAUGGUAAAGAUUAAGGUUAGGAUUACGGUGAAAGUCACGGCUAAGGUUAGGGCGAAGUUUAAGCUAAGGGUUAAUGUUGAGGUUAGGGUCAAGGUUAAGGUUGGGGUUUAGGUUUAGGUUAGGGCUUAGUUUUUAGGUUAGCGUAUGGGUUACGGUUAGACUUAGUUUUUUUUCCAGAAAGCUUUUAGUAUCUUAGAGUUAGGUUUUCCGUAUGAGGUUUCGUUGGGAUUUGACUUUACGGCUUACCUUACAAAAUCUUCCCUACACUUCUUUCGGUAACUAUUUAUUCGCAGAAACUCCAACAUUCCUCCACCAGCACUUUCACUUGCUCCACCCAUAUAACCCCCUUUCCCGCCAUUCCCGUAAGACAGGGACCUCGCUGUCUGCCUCCCUAUUCCUGGCCCCCAACUGCGAUCUCACCUUCCAGCGUCAGAGAGAGAUUAGCAAGAACAGAACGAGAGACACUUAUUGGGGGCUGGACAAUCAUUGAUCGAUGCCGCAGGACCAGAGGUGACUGCGCAGGGCUAUGUAUGUCGACGCCAGAUCGAUAAAUCGGUUGACGGAGUCCUCAUCCGAGUUCCAGGCCUUAAACGACUUUCGGCAUCUUUUGUUUCCGACGUGGGCGAUUAUUUUGGAAGCUGCAGCGUUAAAAACAUGACCCAUUUCGUGGGUGUGGGCAACCACACGCGAUAGUUCAUCGUGACCUUGCUGCGCAUGGUGGCUUUGGGCCAGUGUGCGAUUCUAACACCUUGUUCCACGGCAGUGCGUCGGUCGCUUCUGAAACGUCCUUAAUGUGUGGCAGAGAACGCCAUGUCCCUUGUUUCACAUCGCUGGACGAUUAAUUUGUCAGAUUACUAUCAUCUUAGUAGGUCCUGAUUAGAGUACGUAAACUGUUAUCGCCUGAGAGCACUAGGAAUGCGUGCAAUAUCUGCUGUUUUAGAUUUCCCAGAGUCAAAGAUCCCUACAAUUAGCAAUGUGUGGUGUAGAACUGUUCCAUUACGCGCAGUGGCACACCAUCUUAUUUCAAGCGCAAACGACGAUCUGUGGAGAUACAAGUUCUUCAUCCGCCGCAUCUGGCGUCCCAUCUAAGUAUCUAGAGUUGAGAAAGGGAAAUAAAUCCUGAAAAUGUUUUUUUCCGACAACGAUGGAAGUACGGACACUCCUUCCUAUCAAUGUUUCAAAGUAUCUCUGUACAUAUCCGUACAAUAUCCCGCUGGUUUUUAAGCUUCUCAUCAAGGGGAAUAUAUCGAGCUUACGAUGUCUCACAUGUGAGGUCUUUUAAAUUGUUCAGUUUGUUUACUCAUGAGGAUGUUUACAGCGCAUGCAUAGACAUUAGUCCUUACUGUAUUCUACCGAGAAGACAUGUCGGGUAUAUGUCAGUUUGUCUAUCAGUCCGCCAGAGCGGUACAAUGGUUUCCUGGGGUUCCAAAAUGCCGUUACCUCAAUCCCCCUCAAUCCCAUGUCAGCCAGCAGGUAUUAGUAUUCUGAUGCGAAAGGUUUAUAAGAGUUGGGACGGUAUCUGUGCAUUUGAUAGGUGUAACCUGAUAAAGUUUGCAGUUCGCAAGAUCUGAUCUAGAGUCGAUUUGUAAUCUACUAGAAGCGUUUUGCUGACUAAUGUCUUUCUGGUAAAAAAUCAGUAUGAAGAUUUUGCGUCUGGUUGAUUCCUAGUUUAACAGAGCUUUCUCCGUACCCUAAAAAAUAAGGUUCUGACCAUCAUACAGUUGGCAGACGAAAGCAGUAUUUGAUCCUACCUCGUCGUCAGUCAGUAUAGCACGUAAUAUGAUACUACCUGCAUAUAUACUGACAAUAAAAUUUGCUUUCCAAGGUGUGACUAAUUAAGCCUUCCCUGUUGCGCUUGACUACAGGAUUUGGAUUUGCCGAUAGUGGAUGUUAUUUUGUUUUACCAGGGACCAUAAUGACAAAAAAACCGGCAAGGCUAUGGCUUAUGGCCGGGGUUACUUACUUCUGGGAGCCCUUGCGUUGAGCAAAAGACCUUGACAUCUAGGAAAUUCGUGGUAUCACAAAUUUUGAUCUCCCUUAUUGUCACCAGUUGAAAGGGUACACUAUUUUUGCCAGUUCAUGGUAACAGUAAAUUGAUUAAUUGUCCCAUUGCUGGCACUGUUAAAAUGGUUUUGGAUCGUCAUAUGUUUGCUCCGAUGACCACCUUAAAACUUUUAUUCCAUUCUCACGCAGCAGCCACCGCGAGGUCUUUUUAGGCUUUUCUCUGACACGUACAAAUAAAUAUCCCAGUUAUUUUCUUCUCGCAAAAUUGCUUCCGGAGUAAGUAACCCCAGCCAUAAACCAUACCCUUGCCGAAAACCUCCCACCGUAGUUAGUACACACAGGAUGAGAUGCCUCGUAAUCUUCAGUGCAUCUGAAACGGGGCCUCCAACAGCAACUGCAGGGACACCAUUCAGCCCAUUGUUCAACAUAUGAAUGUGGUGGUUCAGGUGUUGAUGUCAAACCAGAGAGAAAACUCGGAUGACCCGCAUGUCUGUUAAUACUCAUGUUCCCGAUAUGUAAGUAUAGUACGUGGGUUAACUCAUGAAAUGUCGGCCGAAAUUCCGAAACGCGUUUUUGUUUUGAAAAAUAGUCAACCUGCAAAAUAAUUCUAUAAUAUUUCAGUUACCUCAAGAUGCCGGCUUUCGUAUAAACUUCCUUUCGGCUGCAUACAAAAACUACACUCUGUAAAAAAUGACUAUUUACGUAGCAUGAAUUUUUCUCAUUGAUUUUAAUGCUCUUUAAAAUUUAAUUAUAUUUCAUGGAAAACAUGUAUAAAAUAUUUAUCCUUUUGCUUAUUCGGUAGAAAAUUACGUCUUCUUUCAAUCUUAUACUCAAAGCAAGGGUAUAAUUCGGAGUUCAACAACUUUUCUAAUUCCCAAAUAAUUUUUAGCCCCCUCCAUCGUUACACUUGCAUUCAGGGUUUCCAAACUACAAGCGUAUAUUUUCCGCCUACGAAAAACCACACAUUUCUCUACGGUAAUAAAGGGGGAUCAUAUAGGGUUCUUAAAAUUUAACAGUGGAUUUGAUUCAUAUAGUUAACUUUACAAGAUACAUUGAUAAAUGCAGAGACAUGACGAUUUGUGAACGGCCAUUUCACGGUAUUUAAAAGUCCCACGAUCAGAAAUUUAUUGAACCGAAUUUUGUCCUUCCUUCAAGUAUAAAAUUAAAAGAAGACGUACUUAUCUGCCGAAUGAGUGAAAGAAUGAAUAUUUUUAUGCAUCUUUUCCAUGAAACAUAAUUGGAAUUUUGAUGCUAUCGAAAAUCAAUGAGAAAAAGUCAUGUUAUUUAGGUAGCCAUUUUUUACAGAGUGUAGUUUUGCAUGCAGCCGGAAGGAAGUUUGUUAGAAAGCAGGCAUCCUGAGAUAACUAAACUGUUAUAUAAUUAUGUUGCAGGCCGACUGUUUUCCAGUUAUACUUAAUUAAUCUUUUCGAAUCGAAGACGCAUUUCGCAAUUUCGGUUGACAUUUCAUGAGUUAGCUCGCCUACUGUAGUACUAUCCCGGAUCUGCAAAUGAACGUUCACUAGAAAAAUUUGAACAUUAAACUGGAACUUCUACAAAAAAUGCUAAAGUUGUACUCCAUUAGUGUCACCUAUCCCGUCAUGCGUGUAAGGCCGAAAGCGAUGGUUGAUUGUUUUGAUUGCUGCAGACCACGGGCCCCAACCUUCUUCGUGCCCUGCAUCCCUUAAAACAGUUUCUCAAAAACAAAAACAAAUUUAUAUAACCAAAUUUUAAUAAAUAACAAAAAUAAUGCUUUUUAAUUCUUGUUUGUUGGAUAACAAUUUUUUUACACCGUGCUAUCUAAUUGCAGUUACCAAGUCACAUAUCUGCUUGUGCAUCCAAACCAUUUCUGGAUUUUGUUUUAAUUGAAAAAAGGGCACAAAAUCCACAUUCGCAUAAGUAUGCCUUCGACGACUAUAUGAUCACAGUUAGUCCCCAUUCACCAAAAUUCGGAAGCCUUCUCAUUGCAAAAAUCGAUAUUGCGCCAAAGUAUUGCCUUCAAGCUGCAUUUCAAUUGCAGGAUUUGUGAGCUGCCCUAAAAGACCUUUCGUUAAUUUCUCAUCACUCAACAUUCUAUCCAAAUUGAAAUAGUAUGGGUUUGUAAUCCAUGUUUACACACUUUUCAGUUCUUUGUCUUUAAAAUAAUCAUCAAAUAACUUUGAUAAUAUUUUCAAAUGACUUAAAAUUGCGUCACACACAAGUUGAAUUAGAGAAUCAUUCAUAUCAAACAUUUUUUCAAGUGACUGAAAAUUAAAAACGCUGCCCAUCCUACCCCGUCGAUACCAAAAUUGUUGCUUCCUUUUAAAAUCAUUUGUCUUCUCACAAAAUGUCAAUACGUUUGCAUUUUCCCCGUUAGAUAGAUACACUCAAGUCAUUCAUUCGAGUAAAAACUCAUUUGGAUAGGCUAACAUUUGGUUGAAUUCUGGAAAUUUCAUUUCUCCUACCAAAUCAUAGUCUCAUUCCUUUAGAAUUGCUUUGAUUCCUUCCCGUAGUUCAAAAACGCGUUAAGUCAUUCCCACAUGACAGCCAGCGGACUUUCGUAUGGAAAACCAGGGCUGAAUGUUAACUUCCAAAUUCUUCACAAAACACUUAGGGGGGAGGGAGGGAGCGGCGAUUCAGAGCGCGACCCCUUAUCUACCUUAUGUUCUUCACUUAAGUAUCGGUGACUUUUUUCAUCUUUAGUUAUAAAACCUAAGUUAGAGAGGAUUUCUUGAGGGUCACAUCGGACUCCUUUAGCUUCCAGUGAUUUACCAGCGUGGCCUGCAAAAUCUGCAUCACCACGGCGGCUAUUGAAAUAUCCCAGCAGUUUAAAGGGCUUCAGAUUUUUGUUUGAAAAGACAUACAUUGAGGUUUUUGCACAACAUCAGUUGUUUCGGUGCAAGUGAGACCAAACUUCACACAAUCAUUACUUAGUGUCCUUUUCUUUGAAAUCAUGAAGCGUUGAUAAUAAUGGAAGAUAUAUAAUCUAAAUGUAUGGAUCAAGUCGACAAAAAGAAAAACAGCAUUUGGUAGGAAAUGUAACGUAAGUAUACUCAAUAUUUAUUGGAAAUAAAGUUAAAAUGAGUUAACUAGCGUGUAAGAAGUAACUAUCGUACAUGACGCUGCAAAAUGCGACCGAUGUUAACAAAAUGCACGGCAAAUCUGUCAUGGGAGCAUGCGAGAGCAAUCUCUCCCGCACGCACACCUAUGUCCCGUGAAUAAGUUGCGAACAAUUGUUUGAGUUAUUUCAAACAAACAAUUUAAAUACCAUGUUGCACCCCUGAUUGGAACCCCUGCUGUACACAUACAGAAUGAAUCCAUAACUGCCAGCUAGUAACCCCGGCCAAUUGGCUUAUUUGUGAUUGAAGGGGGGUUAGCAAUGCUGAUUUCACGCAACCACUUAGCAUCUUUGGUGUUCGCAUAAAGGUAUCAGUACGUGCAUCAGCCGCCCUACCUCAUGAAAUUCUCAACUGUGUUUUUUUUAUCAGAAAGGAUUACAUAGCUGAGGUUGCAAUAUCGAUUACCGUUCAGCAUAAUCCUAUAAUUUUCCGGUCAUAGCAGGAUGUUGGUUUUGGGUGCACUUCUCUGAGGCCACCGGCAAAAAUCGCGCUUGGCAGUUGGGUCGAGAGGAAUUGUUAAAAUCGGCCAAAAUACCUAUUACUUACGAGAGUCUGGUUGUCAUCUGGUUGACUCUAGGUUGAUUACUUUGAAAAUCCAUCUUGGGCGGUCAGCUAACUGGGUAAAGCUUGGUGGAUUCCAGGCGUUUCAGUAGGCUGGGUGGGAAAACUGGACCCAAAUGUAACUAAAUUCACGGCUCUCGGUGGCCCCUCGUAACACAGUUGGCUGGAGCGUUGGCUAUACUAAAGCUUUCCUCCUACUGUCAUGGGUUCGAAUCCCACCGAGGUUGAGGAUUUCUUCACAACUAGGUCAAAAUGAAAAAUGAAUUCGUAAGUAGUACGGGUAACGGUGGGGGUGUAGGGCUCAAAAGUAGACGGCAACUACAAAAAUAUAAACUAAAAUUAAGUGUGAUUGUUAACACUACUUAUUAUCUAUCGUUCCCAUUGUUUGAAAUCUUCUUUCUUUUUUGGGUAAAUGUAAAAUUAGCAGCGGCGCCUUAGUCAAAGCCGGUUAUUUUUUGCAAAUUGCGUUUUGCUUAUUUUUUUAGUUUUUUUGCACUCCUUUUAUCCGCCAAAUGGCAGCGUACAAUGAGAUUGCUGGCAGAAAUUCAUCUAUUUUUUAUGUCUUCUGGCUCUCCACCCUGUGCGUUGUCCCAGUCCUAAAACUCCCUCUACCACCGUUCAAUGCAUGGCAGUGUCCAUGGGAUAGUUCGAGUUAGUAGUGCGUACUAAACCCUAUCGUUGCCGUAGAAAGAAGUUCGUCCUUCGGUUUUCAACGCACUUGGAAAUUCGAAUACAUUUCAUAAGAAACAGGCAAAAAAAAUAUUAAAUCUUGCACAUGUUUGGUGACGAGUUAGGUGGUUUUCAAGUCUUGUACUUUGAUUUCAAAAAAGCUUAUAAUUAUGAAAGUUUUUAAGACCACGACAUGUCCACUAACUAAGCAUCAUGUCUGUUCGUUUGUUAACGCUGCUUAUGACGUAUGGAAAACCUUCUGAACCCUAUAUGGCAUCUCCUUAAUGAUUUAGAGAAAGACAUCGUUUUUCUUACACAAAAUAUAGUUUGGAAACUUUAGAUGCAGGUGCAGGUCGGGUUAAUAAUUAACCGGAAAUUUAAACAAUUUUUAAAGCCCAAAAGCACCCUUUCCUUAAGUGUAAAAAUGUGAAAAGACGCACUCUGCUACCAAAUGCGUAGGGGAGAGAAUUUUUACUAUACAUUUUUUCUAUGAAAUUUAUUUGAAUCCGCAAAUACAUCGAAAACCAAUGGACAAAACUUGUGCUACUUAAAUAGCUAUUUUUACUGAGUGUAGCUCUUGCAGGCCGCCGAAGAGAAUCUCAUUCAAAAUCCGGCAUCCUAGCGUAACUGAAAGAUUUAGGGAUUACUUUGAAUGCUAAUCAUUAUCGCAACCCCAGUGAAGCAGUCCUUUGUAAUCGAAACUGCAUUUCAGAAUUUUAGCUGACAUUUUAUGCGGCAGAUCAAAUAUUAUCCCCGAGGAUCUACGUAUGUCUGCGAAAUAAUUCUGAAUAACCGUACAUGUGAGGUCGUGUCAGUGUUCCCUAACGAUCCAGCUCUUUGCUCAGCCUAACCAAGAAUGGCAAACGUCGUCUUGUACUGCUGUGAAGCGGACACGCAAACAAUUUCGAAGAAAUAGAAGUAUUUAGGAGACGGGGAUGAGGCAUACGCCAAGUCCAACAAUACUACACAUCACAUAACAAAAUUGAUAAAAUAAAGGAACGAAUGAUGUUUGGGCCUACUUUUGAUGUGGGUAAUAUUAGCAAAUCACUCUCAUCCCUAGACUAUGAUGGAAUGUUUUCGUUACUAUCCCAAGGUUUACUUUUGCUCCUUUAGAAUGGUCAUCUAAAACCCGGCGAUUUGAUUAUAAGAGUGGCUGAUGUCCCCGUGCGCGGAAUGGGUCCUGAUCAGGUUGCCCGUCUUCUGCGGCAAUCCAUCAUUGCGAACAUGGUCAACUCAACAGCCCCCGACAAUUCCGAUGUUGCCAGCUCUCUGGAGGGCAGUAGUCAUUUCACUCAGGACACACCCAGCACCUCUUCCGGGCCACACUCCAUGAGUCCGACAGUGGCAUCAACCAUCACCUGCGCAGUCUUCCCACUCCGAUUGGUCGUGGCAAGGGCAGCGAUGGGCCAUCCAGCUGACCUGGCAGCAAUCCUAGCCCAACAGGAGGAACUUGUCAAAAACCAACAGUUUAUCGGUCCCUCCUGGUAGGUCUUUAGUCGCCUAGGGUAGUUCAUUCUGAGCUAGUCUUAGUUAGACGGAAACAGUCCAGAUCGCAUGGACAGGAAUGAGCAACAGCAGUAGACAUGUUUAAGUUGAACUGCUGCACAAACUGCAAAAGCAGCUGGUGCCUUCGAAGAAGGGCUCAUAGUAGAGUGAGUGACCGAUCUCAUGAAAUGUUGACUGAAAUUCUGAAAUGCGUUUUCGAUUAGGAAAGAUUACUUGAUCGCGGUUGUAAUACUGAUUAUCUUGUGGCAUACUCUUAUAACAUUUCGGACUCGGCAGGAUGUCGGCUUUUAAAUGCACUUCUUUUCAAUCUCCCGUAGAAAGCGUGCCCGGUAAAAAAUGACUACUUAAGUAACAAGCAUUUUUCCCAUUGAUUUUCGAUGGUCUUGCAAAUUCAAAUAUAUUUUAUAGAAACCAUAAACAAAAAUAUGCUUUCUUUUAAUCAAUCAAUAGAGAAUCACGUCUUCUUUAUAUUUUAUACUUAGGGAAGGAGUAAAAUUAGGUUUUAAAACAAGUUUUCUAAUUGCCGGAUCAUUUGGAGCCUGAUCAUUCGUUGCAUUAGCGCUUAGUGAUUUCACUCUACAAGACGCAUGCGUUCCGCGUAAAGAAAAUCCCAUAUUUUUCUAUGUCAUUAAAGAGAUAUCAUACUGAGUCCAUAAAAUUUUGCAAUGGACGCGGACCAUGUUGUACAUUUCAUGAGGAGCAGUGGUAAACGGCCAGGUACGAUGCUAUGUGUAUGGACAUUUCGCGGUCUUAAAGUCUCAUAAUUAGACACUUUUUAAAACCGCAAUUUACUCCUUCCUUAAGUGUAAAAUAUAAAUAAGACGUGAUUCUCUAUUGAUUGACAAAAAGAAAGCAUAUUUGUGUUUAUGGUUUCUAUAAAGUAUAUUUGAAUUUGCAAGACCAUCGAAAAUCAAUGGAAAAAAUGCAUGCUACUUAAGUAGUCAUUUUUUAUCGAGCACGCUUUCUACAGGAGAUUGAAAAGAAGUACAUUUAAAAACCGACAUCCUGCCGAGUCCGAAAUGUAAUAAGAGUAUGCCUUAUGAUAAUCAGUAUUACAACCGCGACCAAGUAAUCCUUCCUGAUCGAAAACACAUUUCAGAAUUUCAGUCAACAUUUCAUGAGAUCGGUCACUCACUGUAGAUUUCGCAUUCCUGCCGAUUUAUGAUGAGGUCUCAUUCAAGAUUUUUAAUUGUUAUCCUUUGCAGUAUCAUUCCCAGUGGGGCACUUGAUGAGUCCCUGGACCAUCUGAUUCGUCUGAUGCUACCAAUGUCUGAUCUGGAGGCUCUGUGUGCGCUCUGCGAUGAGCAGAGCGAACGAAACUUCGAUGCGGCCGGUAGACAGGAACCAGUCGAUGCUGCACAGGCAUCCGGCAUUCAUCCGACCGUAGACAGUCCGUACGACCUCGUGGAGACCGAAAGGCCUACGUGUAGCCCUCCGCCUCUGCUUGGUGACGAUGGCUCCUCUUCACCGGCAACUAACUUGCAAGUACGUGCUUAUGUUAGCUUGAUUGUGCAUUUGCGUUUACGUACGACCGCUUAUUCGUGAGAGAUGUUGAAAUGUCAUUUAGGGCUGUUUCGUGGAACGGAGUUCUCCGGUGGAGUACAUACCCAAAGGACUGUAUGCGGACGCACCAACGCUUGAGAACAUUUUGUUCCUGCAAUAUACCCUAGGUGUGCUGACUCAUGAAAUGUGGACCGAAAUUCUGAAAUGCGUUUUCGACCCGAAAAAGAUUACUUAGGUAGAUCUUCCAAAUUAAUCAUCUUGCAGCACGAUUCUGUAAUUAUUCAGUUACAGCGGGAUGCCGGCUUUCGAAGAAACUUCUUUCCUGCCGCAUGCAAUAACCAUACUAUGUAAAAAAUGACUACCUAAUUAGUAUACAUUUUUCUCCUUGAUUUUCAAUGCCCUAAAAUUCAGUUAUACUUCUUGGAAAACAUUUAAAGAUAUUCAUUCUUCUGUUCAUUUGGCAUAAAAUUAUGCUUCUUUCAAUUUUAUACUCAAACGAAGAGUAUAAUUCGGCUAUCAAGAACUUUGUCAACUCCUGAAUAAUUUUUAACCCGAUUUGCCGUUACGCUUAUAUUUAGGGUUUCCAAACUACAAGCCGUGUAUUUUCCGCGUACGGAAAACCAUAAAUUUCUCUACGGUAUUUAGAGGAGACCAUGUGGGUUUCAUAAAAGUUGGCAGUAGAUUUGAGCCAUAUAGUGAAUUUUACGAGCAUUAUCAGCAAAUGCAGAGACAAGAUAUUUUAUGGACGACAUUUCACAAUAUUAAAAAAUCUCAUAAUAAUGGACACUUUUUAAAAACCAAAUUAAACCCUUCGUCUGGGUAUAAAGUUGGAAGAAAAUGCUGGUUUCUACCUAACGAAUAAAAGAAUGAAUUUUUUUGUGCAUGUUUUCGAUGAGAAAAAACUGGAUUUUAAGGACAUCUAAAUCAAUGAAAAAUGCAUGCUACGGAAGUAAUCAUUUUUACAGAGAAGAGUUUAUGCAUGCAGCCGAAAAUAAGUGCGUUCGAAAGCCGGCAAUCUGGGGUAACUGAAUGAUAACAGAAUUAUGCUGCAUGAUGGUUAGUUUUACCAUCCUACUUAAUUAAUAUUUUCGAAACGAAAACGUACUUCAGAAUUUCGGUUCAAAUCCCAUGAGUUAGCACACCUACUAUACGUCUACUGACGCAUUCGUUGUGUUAUCCGUUCAAGGGGUAUUGACUUGCCUAUGUUAGGGGUUAUUUGAUUUUCGACUUCGUAAAACGGAUAACGCAUGUGGAAAAUUUUUCUUAAAUUAAUAUACAAAGCGAACAGUGAUAAUACAUGCUAUACCAUUACCACAUUCUACGCUACAAUUCCUGCUAGUACAUCCGGCCGUCCUAAGGGCUGAAUCAGAUAGUGACGAACGGAGUCAUAGUCCAGUCCGAGGGGUUCUUUGUCUUCUAUUCUAGCAUAGUUUAUUAAUGCUGCUGUCCUUUUCGUAGAAUAGUUAGCGCUGGUACGUUUCUUGCGUUGAUCACCCUAUAGGGACCGGGAUCGACUGGACAACCUCUCGAAAUCACUGCUGUCCAGUCCAUCUGCCAUGCGUCAGUGGAGAUUUCGACAGAUGGAUCAGUUCAGCCCACUCCUCCGAAAAUAAUUAACUGAAAGUAAUUUACUUGUCUGCACAGGGUGAUCUGCGCAAGAAACGUACCCAGGCUAUCUUUCCUGCGAAAACCUGCAGUGUCAUUAAUCAACUUUGCUUAAAAAAAUACAAGACGAACGACAAGUCGGCGUGGACCACGGCCUUGUCCACCCCAGUCUCAUCCAACCCCUAGGACGCGGACACCUGCCAGCAGGGAUAAACAGGAAGUUAAGCAGAAUUUGCAAGCAAAUUCAUCCUUAUGAGCAGGUGCACUGAGGCAGGGAAAUAGGGUUAAUUUGCUACUGGCUUCUGACUGACCUUGAAUGCUUCCAAUGCGCGUCAUCUAGCUCCGAGUCCCGCUGAAUGACAGCCUCCAUCACGGUUAGUAGGCAUGCAGUUGGGAAAGCUUUCAGUUCUCUGCAUGAGUAAUUACCUGAGCAGUGAUGCAUAAAGGUAUGGAUAGGCUGGAGGCAAAACCUGACGUAUUAUAUCCUCGUUCUUUAUUGGUAGUCCGAUGAACUAGCUCAUGCACUAGUAAACGCUCCCGUGAGUUGAUCAAUUUGAUUUAUCAAACUUGUCUGGAGUAUUCAUCUUGACCCAACUGUGAAAGACUCGGCGCCGAGUUUUCCACAGUUGGGUCAAUAGGAAUUAUUCAAAAUCUGCCAAAAUAUCUAUGAAUUACCUGAGCGUGGUAGACAUCUGGUGGAUUCCAGGUGAAUUACUUAGGAAAUCCUGCUUAUGCAGUCAACGUACUCUAUCAGAUUUGGUGGAUUCCAGACGUUGCAGUAGGUUGGGCUUAACUUGACCCCAAUGUGAUUAUAUUCGCGUCGUCCGGUGGGGCCUCGUAACUGAAGUGGUUAGAGCGCUGGCUGUACUUAAGCCAUCCCCAUACUGCGUGGGUUCGGAUCCCAUCGAGGCGCCGAGUUUUUCACAGUUUGGCCAAUAUUAAUUAUUCAAAAUCUGCCAAAAUAUCUAUGAAUUAGCUGGAGUACCAUGUUAUAUCUUAUUCCUUCGAUAGGGUAUAUAUGAAAACACGUAAAGCUCGAAUCUUUGGAUAAGAUAUAUUUUUCUCGCCUAAUACUUCCGAAUUUGCUAAUGUCUGAAAUUCGUCCUGCAGUGCCAAAUGGCACGAGCAGGUUUAAGUCAAACGCUGUCUAAGAUGCACUCGUUUAUCGCAUGUUUCUCCAAUGUAGGACCAGACCAAAUGCUCAAACUCGAACAUUCAGCAUCCCCUUUUGGCCUCCGAGGACGAAUGUCUAAAUGGUAAGAGCAUGGGAAAGUUAAAAAAUAGAGAGGCUAGGCGUAUUUUAUUGGCAGUAUUAGCGUUGACAUAUUUAGAUGACACGCUGUGUCCGUUCGCAGCCAUAUUAUGAAGCUGAGCGCAGUUUAUAUCACCCCAACAUACCUGUUUUAACUCGAGUACAUGUGAACCUUGGAAUUUCAUGUCGUACUCGAACAGUUAGUUGACUCAAACAGUUUAAUGUCCGCACCAAGUAUCCACAAAAAGGCGAACUCGGGUUUCUUUGUCGUGGUUAGAUGCGCACGUCGACUGCAGACUGGUUUUAUUCUUUCAGAAAAUCUACCAGAACAGGACUGGAUCCAGUCUCCCCGAAUUGGCCUGAGAGAAAAUGUCUCGCUGACGGCCAGCGGAAGUCGCGAAUUCUCUGUGGUAUUGAAAAAGCCAACGGGGAAGCCGGAAACUAGCCUGGGAAUCAAAAUAAUCGGCUAUGUCUGCAACAGACCGGAAGAGAAGGGAAAAGGUGAGGCAGGCAUUACUGGGUAAUUAAUUGACUCUUAUCUGCCAUCUCGUUGGCUCUUUUUAAAACUUGAACAACGCCUUAAUUCCGUCGCUUGUUUCAGCUCUCACUGGAAUCUUCGUGAAGGAGGUGUUACCAAAUGGGCUUGCCAGUCGCUGCGGCAAAAUCAGAGUGCAUGAUCAAAUAACAAAGGUAGGCAGGUAUAGUGUAUUUUGACUAAAUUACCAGUGAUAUCGUCUCGUUGCAGUGAUGUUCUCAUUGAAAUACAUUCUAUGAAGGAUUUAGCCCUAAGUUAAUGUUAAACCGCAACGCUCAGGUCUUAUAGGUCUGGCGGUUCCAAGCCUUGAACUUUUAGUAUUUGACCAAGCAUCUAGAGGGUAUUAACUGCUAAUACUAUCAUUUGGAAAUAUGCAACGACCAACGUGACAUUGGGCGUAACGGAAUCCCAUAUCUGCGACAGGUGGCUUGCAGUCUUUUUGGCCUCUAAAAAGGGCAAAAAUCUAAUUAAGUAUGCGUCGUUUUCUUCUUGGUUUUAGGUCAAUGGAAUUAGUUUGAUAUCGCUGAGCAAUAGGGAGGCUGCAUCGCUCCUGAAGUCUGCUGGGCCAGUUGUUCGUCUUACUUUCCUGAGGCACGCCUGCGGAAGCCUGUUUGAACAAUUAAAACGAGUUGGUGAGUACGUUGACAUCAGUGGUCUUUUUUUGACUGCAAACUCUCUUCCCAAGACGCCAGACGAGUCUUAAAAUGUGCUUCAAUGCAAAAGACGGUGAUCUAUGAGUGCGCCGAAAAUUCUAGUGAGCAGCUUUUAACGCAGAGCGGCACAUGCGGAGCCCCGCUGGCAGUCAAGACACAAUGAAAAAUCGUAAUGUUUUAUUUACAGGACAAUAUUAUUAAUUUUAUUCUAAGGAAGAAAGUUCAAAAAGUAAAGAUUGUUGUUUUUCUGAGACAUUUUGAGACCGAAUGUAGUCUAGAGCGAGUAGGCGGGAUUUAUAAAUCAACCUAGUGUCCGCUAAAUACAUAAAUCUUCUCUCGUUUCUAAUUAUGAAUUUAAACGUUGUAUAGGCCACAGUUCCGCAUUGUCAACUCGAAGGCACUUUUGGAUGAAGAAUGUCCUCAAUUUAUGCCAAGAUACCCAAAAAUUCGUUAAAGAUCUAUUGCAUACAUAAAGGAUAGCCAACGAAACUUAUUUCACCAAGACUCCCGAUCGCCAGAUUAUCAGAACUUAUAGGAAAUGUUUCCAGCCGCAAAACGAUCAAGGAAAAAUAGUGCUCUGUCAUGCUUUAAUGCUCCUAUGUCGAGCAAUACAAUUAAUCACGAAGGAGUAGUACUGGCUAAGACGAGAAAAGCUUAAACUGCAAAUUCAGACCAUUUCUGUCGCUAUCAGCCGGUCACAACCAUCCUGAAAGAUAAAAAAAUACAAAAAACACUGAUAGACACGAGUUGCCUUUGUAUGUUCAGAGGAGUCCUGGAACGAACGAGACUUGAAUUGGCUGAGGUCUAAAGGCUAACUCGAGACAUCUUUCAGUAGACUUAGGCAGCUGAACAAGAGAUAUGCCCGUUGCUUAGUGGCUAAAGGCGUUGGACCUCUAGCUAGCAGGUCGCGAGUUCGAGGCCCAGGUGUUCCACACCUCGGGGUUGGCUAUGACUGGCUAACGACGACUAAUAAGCCAGAAAUGACCAUUCCAGUCUCUCUUGUCCUUGUCGGUUAUAACAUUUUGCUUAGAGCUGUGCCCGUCUAGACCUGGUUUUGGGAUCCAGGAUCAAUAGCAGCAAUUUACUGCGCCGUCUGUAAGGUGAGCGCCAGGUGCAUACAAGCAUGACGCACUCUGAUUGGUCAGUCAGCUUGCCACCGACUCCAGAUCAGCGGUCACGCAUUCACCCUGACUAAGUAAAAUGCGUGCUGUCGUUGUCGUUAAUUCUGGUGGCCAGUCAUCCAGCAGUUUUAUUUCUAAUUUUACAAGCAAAUGUAUCUUUAAAAUCAGUAUUACGUCAAAGCUGAGGAGGAAUGUUAAAAUGCAACUUGUGCCAAACCGUUUUAGGAAUGCAGCAUUCGCUUCAAUGCCCCGUAGGGAGACUGCGAGAGAAACAAUACAGCACUUAUGCUUCGUCAUUAUUUUUUUGCCGCAAUAGAAAAAAACAGAUUAUAAAUUCUAGAGAUAUUUGUUGAAGGUCACUACGUGACUAUAACGUCAGAAUCAUGACGAGCAGUGUUUAGAGGGAAGAAACGGAUAUUUUUGUGACCACCAGCUGGCAGAUUUAUAAAUGUAAAGUAGAAGUGGUAGGCAUGCCGAGACGAUAUAAUGAAAAAGGAAGAGGUUCUUCGGAAAAAAUCGAGUUGUACUCGUGAAUUUCCGAAUUGGUGACACCAACCCGUCGUCAGACGAAAUGAAGAGAAAAGAGAGAGUGAUAAAGUCACACUAGACUAGUAGACGCGACAGGGCAAACAUUGACGGACGGACGAUUAGCGAGUGAUGAGGGAUGCGGGCAGGCAGUCAUGCUGGGUUCUGAGCCGGGAGGGCAGGAAGAAGGCUAGGGAACAGUUACGGCUCCCCGUGCUGGAGGGGAGGGAGAAUGGUGGGUUGGUAGAAAUGUGGGCGCCUGGAUUAGUGGCCGCUGAUGCGGCGUGGGGCUCGGCUUAGUGAGGCGUGAUCUUAGGCCCUCAUAAUGGGCGUCUAGGUCAACGUGGCGGUUUAUGCUGUCCGCGUUAGAGUGCCAUGCCUCUAGGAAUUCUCUCGCCCGCUUUGUGUUGGCCGUGGCGAUGACCUCUGUGUUAUCCCAAUUAAAACGGUGGUCGCACUGGAGUGCGUGUGCAGAGACGAGUGACAGUGGAUCACGGCGACGGACAGCUAGUUUGUGUUCAUUAAUACAAAUUCCCAGGCGUCGUUCUGUAUGACCAAAAUGUACGCAGGGACAGUUGGCACACGGGAUGCGAUAGAUGACGUUAGUCUGUUCCUCUUUGGGGAUAGAAUCCUUUACUCGAGUUAAGACUGUGCGCAACUAGGAUGCAGGCUUGUGGGGAACGCGGAUACCGAACUGAUUUAUCUGACGGGCGAUUAUUUCUGAGGUCCCCUGCAUAUAGGGCAGGGAGAAGAAUUGCUGGGUCACGGUUUCUCCUUCUGAGGAGGGGCCUCGAGGUUGUGCCUGACGCAUGAGGCAAUUCUUCACAAAACUGACCGGGUAUCCGUUAGAUCGAAAUAGCCGAUAUAGAUAAUCUAGUUCUUUCUUCAGCAGAUCGUCAUUGCUGCAAUAACGGUAGGCCCGGUGGAAGAGAGUUCGAACGCAGCUUUUUUUGUGAGCCGCAGAGUGAUUGCCUCCAUAAUAGAGGAUGAUCUCAGAAUCAGACCCUUUUCUGUGGACGCUGGUUGUGAGAUUACCGUCGUCUAGCCUUUGUAUCUUUACGUCCAGAAACGACAGACUGUCUCCUACUGCCUCUUUGCGGGUAAAUUGUAUGACCGGAAAGACAUCAUUAGCCUCUGAUGUAGCCUUUCGACUUCGAGGUUCUUUAUUACGACAAAGGUGUCGUCGACAUAGCGGAGACACAUUUUGAGGUUGAGAGUUUGAAAAACCUCAUAUUUUAGUCGCUGUAGCACUAGUUCGGCGAGUAGACCGGAUAUUGGGGAGCCCAUUGGACUUCCCUUUACCUGUUGGUAGUACUUAUUGUCGAACUGGCAGAGUUUGAGCCUAAACAUGUCAGAGUGGACUGAAAAUCUGGGCGCUUCUCUUUCACUGUAAAAGCCCACUUCCUCUCCUGCGUCAGCAAAUUAUGAGAUUCUCAGAGCGUACUGUCAUGACACACCAAAAUGUCUUUUUCCAUAUUUCGGAUAAAAAUUAUAUCCAAUUGGAAUUUAUACGUGGAAGUUCACAUACCCAGAACGCUUCAUCAGAUCGGGCAGGAAAUGACUUAUCUAGUGAAUACUAAAAGCUACUCCUCAGAAUCUGUAGACGUCUAAAAAUGCAUCCCCAUACAGAUGCAGAAGGAAGUAGAGCAAAUACUAAUUGAGAGGCAGUAUCGACAAACCCAAAGGAGACUAAAAUGUUAGUGUUUGGUUUUUUUCGCGACUGUCAACCAGUCCAAACACAGCCCAGGAAAGCCCUGAAUUCAGGUUUAUGCCUGAACGGGCAAACUUUCACCAAAGACAUUCGGGUGGGGCUUUAAAGGAGCAUUCAUGCCGUUGCUUUUCUUUUACCCCCAACAAAAAACUCGUUAAGUUUAGGAAAAUCAGAAUAUCAGAAAAUGGCUAUAUUGCAAAUCGCCUAAAUAGUGUUGACUAUAAGGGUGCAUGAGGACGCCGAACGCAUGAAAAGGAGAAGGCAAUGAAAAAUAAUGACAAGAAAUUACUUGGAUAUCAAGAAAGGUCAGAUUUUGUCCAAAUCUGAUCUGUUUUCCUUAAGUAAAACUGAGUUGGACUGAAUCCCUCUUCAACAAAUGGUUUUCUGCGCCCCACAUCAAUUCAAAAACACAACUAGCGUCACCAAAUGUGUGACAUACUUCUCACGCAGAUUUCGACCACAUCAUUUCAUGAGUUAGAUUACCUACUCCAUGAGUUCUCUCUAUCUCUACCAUCCGUUAAUUUACCUAAUCUACUGUAUCGACAGCAUCGAUGAAGAUUUCUUUACUGCACAAAUCGAUUAAGUAGCAACUAUUUUUGACGUUGUGUGUUAGGCGGGUCUAAGUGGUUACGCUGCAUGCCAUGUCAGUCUUCCAUGUCACAAUUCUAAUGCUGCGGGGAGGAAGGACUUGACUUGUGUUCGUUCAUGUUAUUAAUAAGAAUUAUCUUCAGUAAAAGAAGAAAUAUACUUUAGAUUUCAGCCCAUAUUUUACAUUUUUGCAAAAAAUCGCGGUAGAGUUCCAGAAUUCAGAAACUUACGAAAAUAUUUCAUUUAGAUUUUUAUGUCAUAGCGGGUCCUGGAGAGUGCGCAUUGUGGCUAGCUAGUUUCAGUAACUUCAAACAGUAUUAGGAGGUGCCCUGUUGUUGUAAAUCUCCGAUUCAGGAAAAUCAGUGUUCAGCUUGCUUGAGAAAUAUGUGACUUUUUCUUAAGAUCGUCGUUUCCAGAAGCCAUCAUGUAGCGUUCACUUUGUUAGACUUCGUCCCACACAGCUGUUGCCUAAAGGACCCAUGCUACUCAUAAUUCAAGUGGAAAUAUUUUGCGCCACUGAUAAGCCCAACCGCACCUGUUUUGUGCUUUUAGCAAGCCAAGAUUUCAGAACCGUGUCCACGUCAGCCAAGUUCGCCAGAUUUCGCGAGAAGAUGGCCUCAAACACCCUGCCAGCGCCUCGUCAACGACGACACGCAAAGUCUGACUUCUUGCAGGGAACUUCGAGUUGCCGUCAGGGCGUCGGAAGUGAACCCCCCAUGCCGGCGACAGUUUGCCAAGUAUUAAGUGAUCUUAUCUUUACUCCGCUUCUUACGUCCGACGAUGACCUGUCCGAUGGCUAUAGCAACGAAAACGUCGGCGAGGCGUGGUUCACAGCAGCCCAGAGUAUGCCCCAUCUAUGCUACCGAGGGCUCUCCAUUGUUGCUUCCUCCUCAUCCUCUACCUCUGCCGCUUCGAUGGACAGUAUACACACAAAUGAGCCUACCUCUACGCACCCUGCCGUCCUGAGAAGCCGGACGGUUGUAGCAAACAGUGUAUCGCCCACGCUCAAUAACUUACAGCUUCUGGGCAGUAAAGGCUCUGAAGCAGCAACCAACUCCUCUAAGUCGCUGCAACAGUUCAGGCUCAAAAAGUGGAUGGGCAGUCCGUUCGAUCCCAUAAACGCCGUUGCGCAUUUUGGUAAGUAUUAUAUUCUCAACAACAGGGUUUUGCCUUUUUUUCCGGGAUGGCACCUUUCUAUUUCUGAAUUCAUUUUAGGUUUUUCACUUUCCCCCCACGAUAUUUCAAAUCGACAGAAAAUGAGCAUUAAUUUAUGCUCGCUGUUACUCAUUUUGGGCUGGUAAGCAUGGGGCAAACUAAAAUGCACAGCAGUAAUUUAGGGGUCUCAGGUUUAUUCACGGAAAUCCAUCACCGAGGCUUUAACAUCAAGAAAUAAUUUGUUUAGGGUGGGUUGCCUACAAUGCGAAGAGUGUCAUGGUCGCUUUUUUGUCUAUAUGUGUGGGUAGGACGUGGUAGUAUGGGCCUUCCGCGUUACGGGUGACCUAGUGCUAAAUUUCACAGGUAAUCACAAGCAGGCGUAUGGUUGGAGGGUUAGAAUUAGGGUUAAUGCUAGGUUACAAUAAUAUUCAUCCCCGAAAUUUAGCGCGGAGACACCUGCCGCAGUGAUGAGCAAUCGACAUUCCCGUGCCCAACUGCAUGAACGAUAUCAUGGAGCACGCGAAGAAAUUGUUUCCAACCAUUCUGGACAUAUCUUCCAAUGACUUCUGAGACGAUUCCUAGAAGACCGUCAUGCAGUAUAAAGAAUCGACGAGGCCCCCUACACGUGGAAUAAAAUAGAAACUCGGCAGCAUAGUGUUGGUCAUUGAAAGGUAGUUUUCGCGGCAACACACGCGCCAGUUACAUCAUUGUGCCACUAGGAUUAACUUCCUACUCGAACUUUUAGAUUACACUCGGGAACGGCCCUGAAUACAGCCGAACAAGCAGCCACAGCAGAAUGGGUCUGAGAGAAGGCUGCCGGACCAGUAAUUUGACCGUUCUAGAUAGCAUUGGGGAGAAAAAGUCUUAAAAGCGGUGUCACAUUUGUGUGGUCAAAUUUCAAAGAAGUUUACGAAAAUGAACAUUAGCAAUUGGUGUCCAUUUCGGAGAAUUUGACUGACAUGAUUGUAACAAAGUCGCCCACCGACUGUCUGAUGACUUUUGCACGGUCGAUUGGUCCAAUUUGUAUAAAAACAAGUUACGGAGGGGAGAGUUGCCAAACGUACGACAAACGCAGUGUUACACAUGACGAAGUGCCGAAGGAAUAGAUGUUUGCAAUGGGACAGAUGGAGUUGAAAGUUGAUUGCGUUGGUGACAUCCAAGGCUGGGGAUACAGGUUGUGCAGGUUUAGCAGGCAUAAUAUGCCUCUGCGCGUAUGGUACAGUAGGUUUGAAAGUGCGGAGAUUGCUAGGAUGUCUUUUUUACAGUUAAUUUCAAAUCGAUCCCUCGCAAGUGGAUUGUAAUGCAUGAACGACCUCAUAUAGAGAACGAUCUAAGCAAAACCUGUGCAACAAAGGGAGGAUUAAUUAUGGUUGGCAUGCCAAAAUAGUCCAAUGUUUAAUUCAAGACAAUUGCGUUUAAGUCUGUCCGUCACUCCGUAAAUGUGGGGUCUCUGGGAAAAGCCAAGAUGUCCGAGAAUUUGGUGGCCAUUGGCCAAUCACAUCACAAUACCCUUUUAGGCGAUAUGAAGCUCAUGACAAUUAUGCAACAGAGACUGAGUGAGAGGAAACAGAAACAGAAAGUGAAACAUUUUUAACUUUCGGUUUUAUGCGUUUUUUGCAAUCUCCGAAUACAAUAUUUUGAAUUAGGAUUAUUGACCUUUCCGGGGAUCAGCCGUUUGUUGGAGCGCGACUUUGAUUAGUAUACAUCAUAGUGAGAUCUUCCUAUAUCAGACACCGCAUUCAAACAUCUGCCAGUGUAUUUCUCGGUCGCACGGAAUACAUUGUUAUCACAAAGCUUGACAAAAGAAUAAGCAGUGGUCUACGAAAUAUGACAAUUCAUUCUGAUAAUAUCCAACGACUACUUCAUAAAUCUUAUUAGACGCAAAUGAAACUACUAGAGCAUGCAUGGUUGAAAAUUCCUGCUUCCUGAUGUAUCUGUUAGCCCAGUUACCAGAUUUUGAACGUCGUUUUCAAAUUUGUUAUUUCAGUUGUAACAAUGACCUCCGUACCAAGUGUUAAAAUAUGAAGUCUCGUUAACAAGAUACUCAGCAUCGAACAAGAAACACCGAAGUCGGGCUGACGGCUUCUGAGAUUUUAUUAGACAGUCGCCCAUCUGAAGAUUUCCCACAGGGAUCCUAUUAUUAACCCAGUUACAUGGUUUUGCUCACAGUGGUCGUGGGACGGAACCUGGGACAUGACAUCCGGCAUGUACACCCACAUUUGGUGCUCGUGUAUUCUGGCUUAUGGUUGAUGGUCGCUUGUUCCAACGCAGACGGCGCCAUUUAAGUACAUCGUAAUCGAAAGUCGACUAUUUCGACACUUUGGGCACAUUAACUGGCAGUAUUGACAGAUAAUCGCUCAUUGAUAUACUACGUUGGAAGCGUUAUUGUAUGAAAGUUUUGGAUACGAGCCCGUGUUUAAGAGAGAGAAAAGGAACUGAAGACGUUGCAGUUCGUAUCAAACGUUUACGUUCUUCACAGCAGACAGUCAGACGCGCUUUGACGCAUGAGAGUGAGCCAACAAUGGGGGUUUGUAAGCAGCCAUCUAACGAGAUAAAUGGAUCACACCAUGACUCAUCCAUUCCCACCUAAAUGUGACCUUUGUAACACCCUUUCUUGUGUGGAAUUCUAGACAUCCAUAGUAAGCUAUGGCACGUAUGGGUAAGAGACCAGUACAUGGACUAUAUGCGUGAAGCGGUUGCUUAAAUCUGCCAUGCAAUAAGUCCACGCUGACCUCGGUGAUCUGAACAUUGUCUUAUUAUUAAAGCCUAUUCGAUGUGAGAAGGGACCGUGGGGUAGCUGCCGAGCAAGGCUGCUUUCCUAUAAACAAAUUUAUGCGAAGGGUAUAUCCGCGACAAACCCUUGGGUCAAUGAUGGAACUCGUCGCUUACAACGACCGAACUUCAGCACGCAUUUGGUCUGCUAUCUCGCGAAGACAUGGACCUCAAAAGCAUAUUGAUCAAUGAGAGCCCAGAGAACUUAUAAUGAUAUUAUAUGCGUGAUAUGACACAUUUGGUUGCCGAUAAGCUUGAAAUGGUCAACCAGCUGGACUCCUAAACUGGUGGUACGCUAUAUGACUUAUUUUUCGCUGAUGACGCUAUCAUGUUCGGUUGGCAGGUGUUGAUAUCAUUCAUGAUCUCCUAGGCUUUGUCGACAAGUAAUACGAGAGCUCGUCAUAAGCCUUCUCAGACCUUUAUCUCUGUGGACCAGCGUGCAAAGGCUCGCAUAUUGACAUGGGGCCUGCUCAAGCAAUCUCGUGGCAGAAAUCUGUUACAGCUGUACCGCCGUGUAAUUAACACCUCAGCCGACAGUCUUGAUUGUGCCGUGGGGGAACUUAUUGCAAGUCGGGGACUGUAUAUUCAGUUGUUAAUUCGAGAUCGAUCUUUACCUCGCCAAUUUAUAUUCAUCCGUUUUCGGCAAUGGCAGUACACUGUUUAUGGCAUUUUCGGCGGAACCUAAAAACACCAUAUGCAGCAUACAGACUACGAAGAGCUUUUCCCACUUGGAUUUCAAUUCGUGCAUACUCCAAGAUAGGCGGUGGGAUGAAGAGUUCAAGUUGACAGCGAUUCCAGUUCCCAGUGACCCGAAGAGUCUGUUAAUUGGCCGUGUAGCAUCUCGUGCGAGUAUAAGGGGUCGCCCUGAACACAGAUGAUUAUAGACGGAUCGCAAGUCAGGUUUGCCUACGGCGGACUUUUGCAUGCUCUGUGGCAGCCGCUGGCGUGACAGUAAAUGCGAUUCUAUUGCGCCAAACUUGCCCAGAGAUUAUUUCGUACUCAAUGUUUCGUAGUCAAAUUUGUAAAUAAAAAUUAAAAAUGUCUGGUCAGUAUAACCCACUUGGAUGAUAUGUCAGAAAAUAUCAAAAGGUUGUUCGUCAGGCAAUAAGAAGCUACUCUCGAUAUAAAAUGCUAUGCGGUCGCCGGUGUUGGCUGCCAGCUUACUUCCAAUCGACUUUAGUAAAUUCAGUGCGUAUGGCGAAUUCAAACCUUACAAACACAAAAGACCUGAGAGUGCCCAGUCGGCAGGUAACUUAGAGGCAGCAAAGCAGGGGUCGCAACCCAAAUUUUACAAGCGAGAUUAAUUAACUUUCUUUUUAACAUGUGCGUUUUUAAAGAAGUUGCUUGUUUGACUGCAACAGGGUCCAUCAGUAGUGCAAAGUCAAAAUCAGCGGAUACUCGUCACUUUCUCAAAAAAAAAUUUGCAUGAACAUCACGGUGAAACGUGCAACAGCGUCAGCGACUUCGAUAAUCCAAUCGCGGAUAUAUUCUUCCGACCGAGCCACAGUCAUAAAUUCUCCAGUCACACAUAAAGGCUGCUUAUUUUAUGUCUGUCGUUCUGAACCACAGGAAAGCGAAAAAAGACAGUUUCCUACGUAAACCUGUGGCUGUUCAACUCGGUUUGGCCGGACGUAUUAAAAGUCAUGACCCUGAAGUUUGCUGGUCAUAAGUCUGAUGAAAUGCAAUUUUAGAGGCGUCUGCUCCAUUUUGCCUCUCAGACUUAAGUUUUGCUCAGUGGAUUGACAUCAUGCACGUCUCCCUUUUGCUCAGAGAUCAUUAAGAAUACGGUAGUUGUAAUGAUACUUUGUCAACAACUUCGCUGCGGACAUAUAACUUUGAAAGUGUCAAGCAAACACUGAAGAAAAUUGCGUCAAUUUAAGUAACUUCGAAUCGAAGUAGCCAAUGUGCUUUGGUUUUCAUUGGGAUUCAUGCAGUGACAAAAAGGUGCAAAUAUAAUGAGCUGUUUUCGACCAUAUAAGUUCGGUUUCAUGUGGUGGUCAUGGUCGUGUGACGUUUACAGCGUCUAAAAUAGACAAACAAAUGGAAAUAAAACACUAAAUCACAGAAAAUCCUCGAAAUAGGAUUUUUGCAAAAAGUUACCUAUAUAGAAGACCAAGGGGCGCGAAGGAAAAAGUGGGAAGCACAAGAUCCUGCAAUGAAACCCGGAGGAGAUUACGGUCACUUAAGGGAACGAAAACGUGCUGAGAGUUCUUGAGUUGGCGCACAAAGCUACAGGAAGAUGCGCGGGCACGAAUGCGACAUCCCGUCUGCCCACCUUCCAGAUAUUUUGUCAAUGACUGCGUUUUAGAUAAAUGUGCUCGCACAAUCUAAUCUUAUAACUGUCUCGUAUUUACGGCAUCUGCACGCUGUCAUGUAUGUUGUGGGAUAGUGCUUUAAACAUAUUAAGAUUUCCAUUACGAUCCAAACAUCAAGGAAGUUUCGUUCCAUAAACUUACACGAUUUCCAGAACUUCUAAAUCGGGUAAGGUAAAUGAAAUUGAUAAUAGUGAGCAGUCUUGAAGAAAGUUCCCAUGAUAACGAAAGAGUCCAGGGACGAGGAAAUGUUGCCUUGGCGGCCUAUAAUAUCCGAUGAUCGGACAGCGGCAAACCGGCGAAAACAUCGCUUCGUUGGCACGUGGCUGUCAUUGUCGACGAGGAUAUUUUGUCUCUUUAAAAAUCUGUCGAACGUCUUUGUGAAUUUAACUAUAGAUAGCAUGUAGGACCCACUGUUAUACAGUCAUAUGAAAACCGAGGACGACAUCUGGAAACUGCAUUUCGUAGGUAAUUGAUGUGGGCCGAAAUGAUAAACCGCCAGGGUCAAGGCCAAUUUUUAGCACUUCCAUGUAUAAAAACCGAAUUGCGAUAGUUAACACAUUAAAAAUAGUGUAAGUCCGUCUGAUUCCUCUUAAGACAGAAUGGUGUCUAAAGUACUUGUCAGAUAGCAGUCAGUGCAAAAACAUGUUGACGGGUCUCGUGUGAUAUGCGAGUAAUUCCAUAAAAUCAUACCUAUUGCCUGACUCACAGACUACACUUUUUGGUUAAUCCAGGAGGAUUGCGACGGACAAUCAUCCUUUAAAGAAUGUAUGCACACAAGGACAUGAGAUUGCACACUGUCUGGAGAAGUUGCCCGAGCUUGCAAAUGUAACUUGCUCCGGGGUUUUUAAUGAAAAGCUAAUGUGGCCGAAAAAAGUUUUUUAUUCCGACUUUCUUUUUGUUCCUGUGUAUAAACAUGAGUCUUUACUCGAAUCUUGAACCAAACCGCCCACCUCUUUGCUUGAAAAACCCUCUUUGACGCAACGUGUUAUUUAGCCCCUGCGGUCACAUCGCUGCAUUUGCGACGCCGGAGUUCAGUAUGCCGAAAAGAAAGUCAAUACGACAUUACGUGACAAAUAUAAUAAGUUUUGCCAAUUCCCGAUCGAAAAACGCCUUUAAAGAUCGUUCCUCAAAGUACUUUGGUGAGCCUUCGCCCCAUAACCGUUUGGGUAUUCAUAUUUAUACUGUCUCAUGUAGUACAUAGUUGUUUUCGUGUCCGUUACCCUCUCUAGCAUCAUAAUUCAUCAAAAACUACAGGUUUAAGCAAGGUAGACUCUUUGGUUGCGUUUACUAAGUCCUGUUGCCCCAUGUAACUGCUGUCUACGCGCUUAUGUAUCUAUUUCGAUAAUUGGACUCAUCGUACACUUGAAACUGUGCUGGCAGAUUAAAUUACAGAGGCGUAAUUAUCACCACAAAGGGCAAAUCUGUCUAGCGUCCAUCUCAGGCAACACAGAACCGUCCGGUGUCGUUGAGCUGAAGUCUCCGUUAGCCCACGUCUCCUAAUACCCGUGUGUGGGCCGACAUAAUACGGCCAGCCAUGCGUUUUACAAUAAGCUUACAACAAUGGCACUUUCCAACCCCUUUUCUACCCCUUGUAGAGAAUAAAAUAGUAGAUGUCUGCGAAUGGUUAAGCCUGGUGCUUUUUCCUCCUUGCCACCGUCGUCAUUGCCUCGCGGAGGAUACUUAUUCCAGAGAAAACCACUGUACAGGACCUCGUAGAUAGUUAAAUCUGACGACUUCUAAGAACUGUUGACAGUUGUGUCAGCCAUCGAAAUAAACCUUGGAUCCUAUACAGAUAUGCCUCUCACUACCGAUUUCUUUCCACUCAUUCUUCCAUAUUUACGAAUUUGUCUAUUUGAGCCUUGUUUCCCGCAGAUCCCCCAAGGACUCACAAAUGUUAAUCCUGCUUUGGUAUCUAAGAAUGUGUCAGCAGAUUUUGUCAACGGAUCAUUUAUUCACUUAUACACAGAUAGGGGAGUUGUUAAUUCCGUUGUGGGCCCUCGUGCCCGAGUUGUUCACCUUACGGUCCCCAUACCUAUGCUCUUUUUGCGUAAGAUAAGUAGAGGGGUAUAAGGGAUCUGAUCUUAAUAAAUCAUGCCGGGGUUUUAAAAUCGACAGCUUAAUUAUUCAGACGCCUAACUCGUGCCGCCCCUUUGGACAUGACACUCAUCAUCGUUGAAUCUGAUUAUUUUUUGAUCUUGAUCGUUAGUCAUUAAUGACAUAAAUAUCCCGACCCCGUUUACCAUAAGACUCGCACAACUCUGUGAGUACAGCACAGACCGCAAGAAGCUGGAAGAUAUGCCGAUCUAGUUUUGGUGAUAACCAGUACAAUUAGCUAUUUGUUGUACAAGCACUUUCCCUCCUGCGAAUGAUACUAAGAUUGCAUAGCCAAAAUUCAGGCGUACGAUGACCUGUACCUGAUAAACCAGCAAACGUCAUCGGGGGUGCGGCUGGGAAUAGUAAGGUUAUGGAUGCUAGUACGCGGAAGCGCUGCCGGCUAACAUGUUGGGCGACAGGGCUAGGGAUUUUUUCGACCUCCUGAUGUUGGAGUGACGGAGGGACUGUGUUUGUCAGUCACAGUGAUUGAGGUUGUUGUUUACUGUUUUCCCGAUGAGGAUGUUUUCAAGUAAAAGCAAAAAAUGGGGCGCAUGUUAUACCGUUUUUAAGUCUUUGCCUCAUCUCACAGCCUCCACCUUUAAAGGUCUGUUCAGCUUGUACUACUUUAUUUUAUGGUAUAACUUACUAACUAGAAGUAGUCGAGAACAGUCUGCGCUGUUUAGCUCACUCGCAUGAAGACGCUCCCUAAUGUAAGCCUUGUUUGUGCAAGCUCCACACCGUACCAUUUGCGUAACCAAUUUGUCUGGGUCUAAAAGGACAUUGCAAACUGACUCUAGCCUCGCCACCUAUUGAAGCCGCAUUAACUUUGUCACUGCUAAAUCCCUGAACUGAAGGCUCAAAUGUUGUGAUGCGUUGCCGAUAAGGAUCAGGAACACCCAAAUCACGAUUUCUGACCUGUCGGCCAUUGUCAACCGGCGAUGCCCUAACCUCAGGUACUGACGUAUCCGAGAUUUUGGUCCCCAUCCAAUGCGUUAUUGGACAUUUAAGCCCAAGCCCUAUACACCCGAACUGCGUGAGUAUUGACGGCCAUUUAAACAAACAUCGUCAUUUCUGUAUCCCUAAUUUUGUUCAGCAACGUUUCCUAAUCGCUGCGCGACAGCUCGGAUGGGCUGUAGACUGAGAACUCCAAGGCGAGGUUCAAGUUCCACUAUUCGUCCUGCGAUCAAGAUAGAUUGGAGAACCGUUCUCAUAGAAACUUCUAAGCAUAGACUUUCUCUAAAUGUGGUUUACUGUUACAACAGAUCGUCGACAACUACACUUCCUCUUGUCGGUUUUCGAUCGAAUGCAUACAGCUCCCGUUUGGAUCUGGGAAGUUUCGAAUCACCAAGCCAUUGUACGCAAGAUUGACGUCUAGAAAAUGUCCUCUAGUCAUCGAUCCGUCACCUGGAAAACGCAAUGCGGUCGUUCACCACGUGGAAUUUAGGUUUCACAACUUAUUUGCUACCAUCGGUGUGUAAUUUAUGUUAAUUUGUCCAAAUUUUGUAUUGCCUGUCCAAGUUUGUCUUUAUUACAUGAACUUUUCCUCCCUACGGUCAUUAUCAUUUCACCGGGCUUCUUAUAAGCACUGUGCUCAUCGAAUGCGAUGUCAGCUGUUAUCCCGCGUUACCACUAGUGAAUUACAUAUAAUUUGGCUUGCAGAGAGAUAGAUUUGCGCAGCACUUAUAACAUUCACUUUUCGCAAUGAUCGCGUUUUAAUUAGAGGACAAUACCAAAACAACUUGAAAUGGGUGUGGACGUCUUACUGACUCAUACUAACAAGCAUUGUUUGGUGUGUUCAUGAAUCUCAGCAUUUUCACGCACGUAAGCCACCUAUGUUACUACUUAUCGUUGUUCCGAGCCUUCUCAUGGCAGUUAAUCCAAAAACUCAGGAAAGAGAAGUCUGCUUAUUUGUCUUGCUUCGGGCUACUCGGCAUCCCCACAGAUAUGAAUAAAUGAGCGACCAUUAUUGGGAACUCGCUGACGAAUGAAAAGGCCUCCUAGUUUACCAGCCGCGGAUUAUGCCAUGGCUUUGCGGGACACCGAUCCGGCAAAUGGUUUGCCUAUAAGUAGAGUCGUAAACUAAAACGCUCUCUCAUGACCCGUCACCAAAUAAGCCCUACUCUGUCGCCUUCCGUCUAUGAAUUAAUGCCACCCAAUCGAUAAAUCGGGUGAGACCUCGCCUGCGCCAUAUGCUCCAUGAAUGCUGACGACUCGUGAAAAGUGAAACCGUCCAAAUCAUCCUUAAUGCUAUCGGAAACAGCACAAACACUAACAGGGUCAGCACAGUCAGCCCGGUCAUUUUCGUCUCUUCCCUGUGUUAAGAUGUCCCCCUCUAUCGUAGCAUUAUUUGAAAGGAAUGUAACACUAAUACAAGUUGCCCACCAGAGUAGGAACCACCAUAUGAUCAUGAUGCCUUAGUCGCAUCGGCGUAAUUUUAAAUAUUACUAUCCGCUGUAUCGUAUCCCUGCUAUAAUUUGGUGUUUCAACACUGAAAUCUUUUAGCACUCUUCCGAGCUUCGAAUUCUAAAUGAUGGGUCCCAAACUGCGUUUCUAAAGAACCUCAUUUUGAUAUACCAUGCUUGCAACAUGUGCAGCCUGUUUCAGUACAAGGGUGGACGCUACUUCAUCCAUUAUUGUUGAACUAUCAUGCCAGUUUUUAUUUAUUGUCUCCAUCGGGUUAAAAGCUGGCAUUAGAUUGUAAAGCGUGUAUUAAAUCGAAAGACAGAUGUGAACAUACCAAGGGGCCUGAUCAAAUUACUAUUCAUAUUGUAGAUCAGAGGCUCUGUCAGUUUCUACAUCUUAUGGCCUCGUGAUACACUUAUUCUAAGCCAUUAUUUUUAUUCCUGUUUCUAUGUUUUUCUUCCAUCCACUGGUGUACGACUUCGUGAUGCUGUCAGCCUGAGCGAGUUAUCCACUUUGGCCCAUAGUUUGACACCACCACAAACCAGCUGCAUCAAGUAUACACGCGUCUACGCUAGUUUGUGUGUGUGCGCUCUUGCAUACAUACUUUUAUGUUAAUUUAUUCGCACGCCCGCGUUCCCACGCGCAACAAAUGAAAAACCACACCAGGUAGCUACUUUUCUGUUUCUUUUUGUGUUUUGUAUGUGAGCACCCAUGAUGCCUCAUCCGUGUCUGUCUGUCUACCAGCCUGUCUUUAUCAAACUCGGUACUCAUCUGUUCUCAUCUAUUCUUGCAUGGUGCUUUGUUGGCAGAUGACAUGGAAGUUCAAGUACGUUCCCAAUAUCGUAGGGAUAUACUCAAAACGAUCCAUUGAAAUAACAUAACUCACAAAGGCAAGGGAGACUAAAAUGACCAUUUCUGGCUUACUAAACUAAUCAACCAGCCAUACCGAACCCCCCAGCCCCUGAGGCUCUAACCCGCGGGCCUGUUGCUCUGUAGGUUGCGAUCGGCUAUGUUAGCAAUUGUAGGGAAGCGGUCACCGGUCGCGUUACUCGUUCCAUUGGGCCGUGGGCCUCAGGCUAGAGCCCCGCGAGAAGCCAUACGGCGAUAGCAGAUUUGAACAGAAGCUGCCGCAAUUUUACGUCCCUCAUCCUUCUGGGCCCGUCGGCGAGGCACAGUCUACACGCCCGGGCGCGGGCUCGGACACAGUUAAGUAGUCCGUCUACGUGUGCUACAUAGGAUCUGAUCCCCGCACGGUGUACCGGGUUUCUCACUCACAAGACAGCGCCCCAGAUCUCACGUGUGUGAGAAUACCACAGAGGCCACAAUCGGAAGAAGCCAUUGGGUGUAACGGAACAGUCACCCACACAUACACAGUAAUGGCCGCGAGGAUCGAGUUACCGCGGCCGUUGGGGGCCUUCCAAGCCACACUAGUAUCAACCAUCACUAGCACUUCUAAUUCCACCGGCAUCGCCACUGCGCCACAACAAAACCAUCAUCGUCGGCAUAUCCAUAAAAAUACGGAGAACAGAAUAUCGGACUGGGCGUUUUGACCGCUAUACCAUGUGAACAGUGGAAAGCUGCGAGAACGAGACAUGCAGACUACUUCUUUAUCUGAAGCAUUUUGUCCCCGGUACGAAGCUGAAGUAGGCAAGAAGGGCAGGAUUUAUUGGUACUUCAGUUACUUCGUUAUCUUUCAUAAUGGAACACGCGGAGCUGAAUCACACGAAAUAGAACAAAAGCAGGGAUUUUACAACUGGAUUUCCGAGAAGGAAUAGGAUACACAUUCCAUGAAUGCGCGAAGCAUGGUCGGCACGGACAAUUGUCUGUUAGUCCAUCCGCUGUUGACUUAACGACAAAUGAUGCUGCGAUGUUAUCUGUGCACACAUACGAUGUGUCCAGUGGCCGGCAGUAAGGAGGUUUCGGCAUCGUAGAUGAGCUGGCACAAGAUGCACGUUUACCCGGUUGCGCUGAGUCUGCGCGAACUCAUGACUAUUGACACACAUGCGUGGAGAACAACUUUGACCCAGACCUUAACGUAGCGUCAGCUACUAAAUCCGGUCCAAUCAUCAGUUUUCUGACAGCCUCGAACAUUCGACCUGCGCAUGGGAGAGGGAUGAGAGAGUGUGGCUGAAACUGAAGAAUCAUUAAAAAUCAAUCAAUUACCCACUAUAAUGAAUCUGAAACACCUAAAUCUAUUGCGGUGCGCCAAUAAUAGUCGCUCAGAAUGUUGCCAGCUGACGAGACAACUCGGUUCUUCUUAGGAUUGAGAACGGGACUGGAAUGGCUAGCGCUGGCCUAUUAACCAUCAUCAGUUAAUCCUGCCCAACCAUAGGCUUGAAGCACCUGCUGCGCAAUACCACACUCUUUUGGUUAUUACUUCAAUGCUCUAACCCCUCGGUCUAUACUACUAGUUACCGCACGACUUCGUGCGGGGCUAUAAAUGGAGUCCCAAGGCACAAUGGGACGAGCAGGUCCCGUAACGCAAUCAAUGAGCGUCCCUCUACGAUUAUUGGUAUGCCAAUCGCAACCUGCAGGACAGCGAUCCCAUGGCUCAGUGGUUAGGGCGUCGAACUUCUAACUACCGAAACGCAGGUUCGAACCUCAGGGGCUUUUGGACCUGAGGUUCAGUGUGACUGGCUGAUGACGCCCAGUCAGAAAGAAAUGACCACUACAGUCUCCCGUGUCCUUGUUGGGAAUGUUAUUCUGCGUAUUUAUGUCUGCGGGUCCUUAAAGAGUGAGUGAUCCAUUCCUACACACACAUGCACGCGCUCCCUCUCUCUCUGCGCUCCAUCGAUGUUCGGAAUGUUAGAUGUCAGACUUGCGUUGACAUCGCACCCCCAUCUCAAGCCUUGUUGUACUUAAGUGCACUUGUGUUUACGCAGUCGCCUACUUCGGCUCUGUGUGCCAGUAUGAGUGCCGACUGACGUCAAAGACGUAGCACCAAUCGCAUGCACCUCAUACUUGCACUGUGGUUACGCACUGUCCUCUGUGAGGUUUGUGUUUGAACGUUUCUGUCAACAGGUUCAAAAUCCCACCCUCGCGUCCUACUUCCCUCAACGAUAACCUCUAGCACAUUGCCCGCCGGUGAUUGCUUUCUGCAGUACUUGGGAACCCUACUCUGACAAGACUUUGACAGUGGGAAGGUUCUGUGACAUGUAGCUUUGCUGUGGGAACCAGUGGUGCCAUGAGGUAGGACGAUGCUUCUGUCGCAGAUACUUUGUUGGCUAGUAUAGAGAGCCCGACCAAUCCAUUUGAGUAAGCAGGCUCUUGCUUGCAAUGCCUCCCAGCCCCUGUUUGCCCUCGCGCCGGCGCUCUAACAGCGCACCAGCUGAGGUCGUAAAAAGUUAAAUGCGGCGUCGACGCACCGAGAGUUCGUACUUUGUCCCUCUGCAAUUGAACCUAUUUGCGUUAAUAUCGAAGUCAACUGAUCUGCUCUGACCGUGGCUUGAAGCACUUUGCUGAUGAAUAAAUAUUUGCAGUUUACUAUCUGGGGACAGUUGAAAUUUAAAGAUAAUUUUCAGACAAAAGGAAGCAAGAAAUCUUAUGUAAACUGUGUCCUAUUGCGCGGAACUCUUUGCCUCCCAUUUAACUGAGUAUAUUUACCCGUGCGUAAGUAAUAGCAACUCCAGCACAUCAUUUGAAUGUCUCAACGUGUUGGUUAAAAACGUCGCGAGUGGGACGUUGGUCUCCAUAGCGCCUCUGUCGUUUAGUAGACGAAGGCAGGUUCUUGGAAAAUCUUUCAGCCGUCGACAUGUGAAGUCCUUAACAGUCAGAUCUCAGGUGUUUUAAAAAUACAGUGUCCGCUCUGGCCUACCUUCACACUGCUUCUUUUUACUACUGUUAGCUCAUGACACAAUUCUGUACUUAGAACCAUUUCGUGGUUUUUGCCAAAUCCGCGUUGAAUUUUCUUCUCAGAAAUAAUUCCUCGAAUUGCCGAUGUCACCCUUCCGAUCCCAUGAAUGUAACCUGCCCUGGCCGUAAACUUGUCCUUAUGACUUGCCCCCAUGAAGCAAACCAUGCUGUAGAAGCGCCGAACCAACACGCGGUCCAGAUCCGGACACAGUAGGCGUUGUCAUGGGUGCGGCUCCUUAACAACUGAAGUACAUGGCGGGAGAGGGAUGUGGUGGCACGCCCAGGCACAGGCUCAUACCGCGACAGCCACCUCCCGCCUCCGGUUUUCGUGACUGGAACCUGACUCAGGCGGGUGAGGAGGAGAAGAGCGCGCGGGGUGGACGCCGUCAAAAUGGACGCUUGAACUGUCGUCGAUGGCUUAAAGUUCUCAGCUCAAGGUUCAUCAGUGGUGAGGUGUGAGAACGCAACCGCCUGCUCCACUUCUGCCCGACUAUUCGUGUUUGGGGACUUUGCUUUUCGUAGCUUUGGAAGUCACUCGAUCCCCUGGGUGCAAUUUUGGCAAGGAGUACUUAUGUGGCCUCCAACAUUGGGACGGGAACGCCCCACCCAAGUAAUAAAAGUGGCUUUGCGCGUAAUUACACGUAGGGUAAAUAUGCCCAUAUCCCAACCCUUACACGAACCGUCCCAUAGCUCAAAUGUUAACUCUUGCCCUGCAGUCAACACUAAUCUAAGCCUGAACUCCCCCCUAACCCACCUUAGCGCUAGCCUUUGUUCCAGCCUCAAACAUAACUAUAAACUUAACUCCAGCCCUAAGUCGGCUGUACUGUGGGCAGUUCCUAUUCUCAUGUCCCGUUUAGGUGGCUAUAUAAUAGUCGAUACUGUAAUUUCUUCUUGUUCAAUGACUUUCAUUGCGCCCCUCAGUCGGGUGAAGGCGCCUUAGGCAGAAAGCUACCCGCAUACACGUACAUUUCUAUUUUUAUAUUUAAAUUCACUCUUCCACGAGAGUCAUACAGCAAUGACAGAUGUAGUACUGCAGGACUGCCCUUUUUAAUCGUAACUUACCACUGAGGAAUGAAUCAGACCCUGGAAAAUGGGCUCGCAGUUGAAACGCUUUUUCUUCUUCUUCUUCUUCUUCUCCUCAAUCAAGAGGGAUUCUUUUGGUAGGGGCGUUCAUCGAUCGUUCUUACGGAACUCACUUGUUCCGUUGUGCCUUACGGGCUCUCCCUCGAGCCCAACCAGCAGUCGCACAGCGGCGCAUGAUAUAGGCAGAAUGGCAUUACCGACAAAGACAAGGGGGACUGGAAUAGCCGUUUCUGGCUUAUCAGCCGUCGUCAGCCAGUCAUACCCAACCCCGAAGUAUGGAACACGCGAGACUCGAACUCGCGACCUGUUUUGUUAGAAGUCCACGCCUCUAACCACUGGGAUUGUUUUACUGUCGACUCUUGCUUUACAUAUAUAGUAGGUGACGUGUCUCGUCAAUCGUUAACCGAGAUUGUGAAGUGUGAUUUCGGUUAGAAAAGUUGACGUAGCCGGCGCCAUAGUCUUGAUUGCCAUGCUGCAUAAUCACAAGUUAAAGCAUGUUCCUUUUUAUAAGGGUAUCGAAGGUCAUUGGAAAGCAUGCAACUUAAGUGAUCACCAUUGCAGCAGAAAACUAGGGACGCACUGACGAGCUGAACACGCCCCCCCCCCCCCUCCUCAACUGUGCCAUGUAGCCGCAUAAUAUCGGCGAAGCACGUGUCUGAGGCCGUUAUCUAGUACCUGUGUUGUCAAUGCGGUAGAAUCAUACAGCAUAGAGUUACGACUAGGGUUACGCCUGAGGUUUAGAAUUAUGUCGCAUGAUAGUUCAUAUUACAGCACCACUUAAGUAAUCCUUCGUAAUCGAAAACGCAUUUCAUGAGAUCGAUCACUCCUUAUAGGUCUGGUGUCGUCGUCGGCGUAUACAAUCUGCUAUACCAACUGUCAAGUGGUUAGACUGCGUGUUCCCAGUUCACUAACGCCUCCUGUGCGCAAUUCGCGCUUGCAUCAGAGAGGCUCAACUUCGACUCGGUAGUACAGCGUCGCACACGUCGGUCACUGUGGUCACCGUAGUCUUAAGUGGUGAUUGUAGAACAUGAAGUUUAUGUGAUUAGGGUCCUUGGUACAAGUUUAGUUUACUUAUUCUCAUCUGGGCUUUGUUGAGUAUCCAGUCCACGAGGCAGCGGCGGCUAUAAAAAUCCAUUUAGUGCCAACCCCUCCUUAGCAUGUACGGUAGGUGACGUCUCGUGGAACGUUUAUUAAGAUUCUGAAAUCAAUUCUCAAUCAAGAGGAGUCCUUUUAAUGCCAACUCUUGCUCUGCAUGUACAGUAGGUGAACGUGUCCCGUCAAACGUUAACCGAGAUUGUGAAGUGUGCUUUUGAUUAGGACAGUUUACUUAGACAGAGCCAUAGUCUUGUUUAUCAUGCUGUAAAAUCUCAAGUUAAAGCAUAUUCGUAUUUAUAAGGGUAUCGAAGAUCAGUGAAGAGCAUGCAACGUGAGUAGUAUUUUUUCUGAGUGUGGUUUUGUGGGUUGCCGGAGUGAUAUGCACUGAAAAGCCGACCUCCCGACAUGACUACCAGUGCAACAACAAAAAACUAGGGACUCGCUGACGAGCCGAACCCCACACCCCCCCCCCCCCCUCAACUGUGCCAUGCAGCUGCAGGAUAUCGACGAAGCACGCGUCUGAGGCUUUUGGCUCGUACCUGUGUCGGGUACUUAUUAGGGUUACUAUAAAGGUUUGGGUCGGAGUUAAAAUGCUGCAAUAGCAAGCCCUCCUGGAAAUUAGCGCAGGGUCACCUAUCUUACGGGGAAGGCGUUCAUAUGCCUGUGUACUGCACGAGGAAGGGGGGGUGGUGGGGACGAUAAAAGUUAUCAUCAUUGUCUCUUGAGCCCAGUCCUUCAGCCAAACCCAAACAUCCUCUUGGCCUCUACCCUCAACUUCCUGGCUAGUACCGAAGUCGCCCUUGUCUGCCGUCAAUCAAUCUGCACUAUAAGUCUAGUUCCCACCUGUAGAUCUUGUAGCCGCUGAAGUGGCAGAUGCUGCACUUGGUUGACGCCUAAGAACUAACAUUAAGCACUUAUUUGCAGAGACUAUGUGAGCUGGGCGCCUGCCUACGCUUCCGAUUUUAUGCCACCUACCACAGCACAAGACUCAUUGGUCUUUUAACAGCCACCAUUUACCACCAAUUAGGCCGAUUUAAAUUCCACGUUUUUGUUCCUUUUCCCACAGCUGGUCGUGUGACUCCGGAACUCACACAGUUGAUGAAUGACGUAUGGCUGCCUAUUGUUGGCUUCACCAAGGAAAUACAUGUAAGUUCAACUUCCUGUAUCCUUUUCUCACCUACUUUGUGGGGGUGGGCCGAUUCAAAGUGGAUUAUUGCUACGUUAUCUUUACUCAUUCUCUUUUUUUCAAGCGAGAUUUUCAUGCCGCAACCCACUGUGAUGACCCCAUCUCAUUUCGCCACCCCCCUCUUAAAUUCCCGAAAUGA